GGGCGGGGUGGAGCCAGACGCUCGGGGGAGAGAAGCUGCCGCCUCCGCUUUUCCACAAGGAGCGCCUUUCACUGCCCGAGCAAGGCGCCCUCCUCCCUGCCGCCGCCGCCGCCGCUGAAAGGAUAGACAAACGCUGCGCGGGGAAGGAGGGGAAGACGAGGGAGAAGGCGAAAGAGGCGCGAAGCGGCAUCUUCAGGCAAAGCGGCCCAUUCCCGGCGCAGGAUGCUGCGUUUGCCGGACGCCGCUCUCGCGGCUCCCAGGGGCGCUCGGAUGCCCGCCGCCGUUGGGCUCACUUUGUGCCUCCUCUGGGCAACUUCGUGGGCCGAAGCUGCUGGGUAGGAACUGGAAGUGGGUGGGGAGAUGGACGGGGUGGGUGGGAAAGGCUUGCAGGAAUAAGGGAAACGGUUAGUGCCCGCUCGCCUCCUUCUGCCCUGUUCUGCACAGAAGGCCAGAUUUUGCACUCAUGGGGAUUUCAGAACCGGGAGCCGAGGCAAAUCUUGCAAGAGUGCCGAGUGUCAGACUGCAGAUCACCCACAGCCCAGUUGCACACUCAGUAGUUGUUGGUUUUUUUUGGGGGGGGGGUCCAAACCCCGUACUUUGCCCGCAGCUCCUCAGUUCAUAAUUGCGGGGGCAAUUCUUAUGCGGUCCUUUGGGGCUUACUCCCAGGUAAGCUAGUAUACGAUUCUAGCCUGUCACUACAAGAGCAGAAGAUCACUUUGCCUGAAUGCACUUUCUAUGAAAACUGAAAGGAUGUAUGUAUGUGGAGUCAGAGGUCUGAAAAAGAAGAUGAUUAGGGGGUUAUUACACUAUUUUACCAGUGGGUGGGCAAAGUGUCGCACCCUGUUCCUUUCUUAUAUUACCAUACGUGUUUCUCCUCUGAUACUUGUGAGGCUUCCGGAGCUUUAUUUAGCAGUAAUUUUCCACCGGUUAGGACUUGUAUUCUCUCCCCCCUUGCAACUUGGCUGAAUCCACAUAUGAAUCAUGCCAGAGAUUAUUUAGGAAAUUGGCACAUACAGAGUCAGACCAUUGGCCCACCUAGUGCAGUAUAGUCCAUACUGACUGGCAGAGGAUCUACAGAGUUUCAGAUGGGACACACUACCUGGAGAAGUCAAAGAUUGAAUCAGGAACCAUCUACAUGCAAAGGAGCAGCUUUGCCACUGAGUUGCCGCCUUGAUGUUGGGUGUAGUGAAAGGAGUAUCAGGCCAUGAGUGUAAAUCUGUUUUGUCCCUUCUUUUAGGCCCACGUACCUGUUGGCAGCUCUUAAGAGCAUCAGGCCUGGAGCAAAUUUGACUAUUGGAAUAGCUAUGCUGAAAAAGAGCCCACAAAAGGUUACAGUAAAAGCCGAAGUGGUCUAUGCAAAUAACACUGUACUACGUGGGGAAGCUGUCUUUAAAAGAGGUGAGAUAACUUUACUGGCCUAAAAAUAAUGAUGCAUAUUCUGUCUGUAGUACUUUUUGAUUGCAAGAAAGCCCUGAGGGUGGCUAUACAGAAGUAAACACUGUUAAACGGGGUUUGCUUCCCAGGAAGUGGGUUUAGAAUUAUAGCCUUAAUGAGGGAAUUUAAGACUAUCAUUGGUGAGCUGAAUUCGGAACAGAUAUAUUAUCUGCUUUAUGCAGAAGUUCCGCAGGGGGGAAAUAAGUAUGAUGAGCUACAUAGAUUUAAAUGUGAGAUUAUUUGCUGAACUGUGGUUUAAAUGUACUGUAUAACCAUUCAUGUGCUAUGUUUACUUCACCUUUUACUGUGGUUGCCAUUUCCCCCCUGAAUCUGCCCCUCUGCCACCUCAUUUUUAAAAUGUAAUCCUGAGUGAGAUCGUUUUUACACUGUUUCUGCUUUGGAGAGACCUAUCAACUCAUGAAAAGAGUUUUGUUUUAGUUUGUACUGUUUUACUGUUAAGAGAAAGAGCAGGUAGGAGCUCUUCCAAUUCUGGAAAGGAAGCUGAAAAUAGAGUUGAGGAGCUUGGUCAUAAAUGAUUCAGAAUUCACCUUUCUGAUGUGGUAGGGAGACUUCACUUUUGUUGGAUCUACUUUGGUUUUCCCCCCUAGAAUCUCAGGAUUAUAUAGACUAUCAGUCAGAGCCAGCUGCAAAAUUCACAUGAUUAUAAUGGAAGAACAAGAUGCCUCUGAGCAUAUUCUGAGCCUCAAAAAUAGUUUUUAGUACCAGAACUGAACUGAGUUUGCAGUCUGCACACACAUGCUCUAUGUGUAUUCUGAGGUAGGAGCCCAGGAAUGGUUGCUAUGUUUUUCAGGAGCAUUUUUAAGGGCCCUGCAGGUCACUGCAUUAACAUCACAAAACAUCCAAAUGCUGACAUAGCAUGCCUAUUGCACUGUUCUUUUCCAAGUUUCUUUCAGUAGCAUGAUGUAUAUUUAUCACAUUUUGUUUUGUCAUUGCUUCAGAAAGCUCAGGUUAUCCCAUUUUUAUAUUCACAAUUUUUGAAGGACACCUUUAAGGUUUUAAAAAACCCUCUCUCAAAACAACUUACAAAAAAGUGCAAUAUGAUACAGCUAUGUAAAUAAAAUCAGUAAGAAUAAAAAGUAAUAAUGCAAUAACGUAUCAGCCCCUAAAAUGCUAAAAUAAAGUACCUGACUACAACCAAAUCAGUUAAUAGAAUAAAGUAGCUCUGGAAAACUCAUUUGAAAGCUCGUGAACCUUUAGGGCUUUCAUGAACAUCUGAAGGGAUGGAACUUGUUACGAGUGAAUGUGGCAAUGUGCCCCAGAGAUGUUGGGCCAUUGUAGAAAAGGCUCUCCCCCUGAAAAAAGCCAGUUCUGAAAGAAAAUUACUAUCCUGAUAACAAUCUUGAGGGAUAGUGACUGACCAAAGGAAACUAGUGAACUAAGCAAGGAUUUCAAUCCCAUAGACAGGAUUCAGUUAUUGAGCAUUACCAGUAGAAGCUCAUGCAAAGACUUUCAUUAGUGUAACAGGCCUUUCUCCCCUCUCCCACCACAUGUGUCCUCUGCUCCUCCAAUUGGCUCAUGGGGGUGGUGUUAGGAGAACCUUUUCCCCAGGUCUCUCAAGUCAAAGUCUGGCACUGUGUCAACAACACUUCAGUGUCUGUCUUCCUCAUAUUUUUAUUUAUUUAUUUCAUUUCCAAACCGCCUUUCAUCUGAAGAUCACACAGCGGUUUACAAAAUAAAAACACAUGCAAUAUAUAAAAACACAUACAGUGGUACCUUGGUUUAAGAACAGCUUAGUUUAUGAACAAUUUGGAUUAAGAACGCUGCAACCCAGAAGUACCGUAGGUGUUUUGGUUUGUGAACUUUGCCUUGGAACAAGAACAUGUUUCGCUUCCUAUUGAGUGUGUUCCAUUUUUAAAUUGAGUCCCCUGCUGCUAUGGGAAAGCAAGCCUUGGUUUAAGAACAGACUUCCAGAAUGGAUUAAGUUCGUAAACCAAGGUACCACUGUAUAUAGACUGGAGUGGGAUAGCUGUGCUGCUGUUUCCCUUAAAAAGUGCACAUUGGUGUGUUGUAGAGCAUGAAAGAAUGUCUUGUAAGCAAGAAAGGGUGAGUCUUACAGGCUAUUUUUUCCUCAAUAAAUCCUGAACAAAAUUGCACUUACAGUGCAAUUCUAUGCAUGCUUACUGAGAAGGACACUAGGUUAUGUCCAGUGGGCAUUACUACCCAUGGUUAGAGACAUAAGCCGAUGCUGGAGAGUGUAAAUGCAAGAAGCAGCAUAAAGCUAACAAAGUGGUGGGCAUUUCUGAAAGGGAAAGUGAAUGUCCACUUUUGUGUUGUUUAAGACUAGAUAAUGGCAUAGCAGAAGAGCACUAAGCCUCAAAAGCACUGAAAAAUGUGUGUGUGUGAAUGUGUGAAUGUAUUGCUAGUUGCAAUGUAAAAUCAAUGUCUGUGCCACUCAUACUGUCACUUAGCAUUCUGCAAUUAUGUGUUUUGCUGGGGAAGGUAUGACAUUUUGCAGAUACACAGUAUUGUCAUCUUGGUGUGGUGAAAUGUGAUGAAAGAACAACUCUUGAGGAAAGGCAUGGGGGCUGUGGACAACAAAUGAAUAACUAUUUUGUGCAUUCCUAAUAAACCAAUACCAACCAUGCAGAAAGGCCCUUAUUAGUAGCAGCAUUCUCUACACAGCCACAUUUGGCCACAGGAGGCAACUGCAUACCAUUUGGGACUUUCUCCUGGGAAAUAUCCUAUAUAUUUGGAUAUCAAGUUGGCUUUAUAGCAGAGCUGUGUUUUUAAAGUAGAUAUAAAGCAGAUCUUGUGCAUGCUAAUUUCCUAGCUUUAUUGGGCAGUGAAGAGCUGUAGCUCAGUGAUCUGUUUUGCAGGCAGAAGUUCUUACAUUCAAUCCCCAGUACCUCCAAGGAGAGCCACUGCCAGUCAGUUUAGAAAAAACUGACCUACCGGUAGAUGGACCAGUGGCCUGACUCUGUAUAAGUCAGCUUCCUCUGUACUGUAAAAAAAAAUAAGGAUUAAUUCACAUGUUUACUUGUGACCCUCUUUGCCUAGUAGACACCUGCAUUUAACAUGUGAGACAGAUGUUUCAGAGGCCAUGUAUAAAUCCUAUUGUGCAAUAUUCUCUCUUCUCACCCUUUCUUGAGUGGGUAGAGUCAUGUCAUUGGGUCUUGGUGGAGCACCAUUCUCACACUUUCUCUUAGGUGAAUGUGGAAAUGUGGCACUGAGUCACUUGCUCUUCUAUGAAAAAAAGAUAAUUAAACAGGUCAGUGGAUGAAUCCGCCCAUAUAUUCAAUAUGAUCUCAGAACUAGUAAAGACAUACUGACUAGAUUUCAGUUGUUUUUAUUAGCUUCUUUGUUUUCAGCAACAAGGGAGCUACCGUAUUUUUUGCUCUAUAAGACUCACUUUUUUCCUCCUAAAAAGUAAGGGGAAAUGUGUGUGCGUCUUAUGGAGCAAAUGCAGGCUGCGCAGUUAUCCCAGAAGCCAGAACAGCAAGAGGGAUUGCUGCAGCGAUCCCUCUUGCUGUUCUGGCUUCUGAGAUUCAGAAUAUUUUUUCUCUUGUUUUCCUCCUCCCAAAACUAGGUGCGUCUUGUGGUCUGGUGCGUCAACAACAGGGUUGUUGUGGGGAUUAAAUGAGGGAGAGAACCAUGCAUACCACAUUGAACUCUUUAGAGAAGUAGGUGGGAUAUAAGUGCAAUAAACAAGUAAAUAAAUUAUGACAUGUUCACUUUAGAAGUGAACUAUUUAAAUAAUUUUGAACUGAGGCCUUCUCAUCCUGAAUGGCAAGUCAAGUUUUUAUUUUUUUGUAAACCUCUGAGAGGUUUUCUUACAAUGAUUUUUUUCUUUAGUUUUCCUGGUCACCUCCCUCAAACAGCUUCAAUUUCCCUGGUUCUUUUAAAAUCACCUUCUGGUAGAAUAUGGUUUGGCUUGUAGGUGUAGGGUGAGAAAACCACAAGGACAGAAACCAUUACUACUAAGCCUUUCUUCUCUAGAAAAGAGAUUGAAUUGUGUUCUUCCUCCAUAUCAGACUCUGUGGUAUCUCUCCAACAAGCGUUUGGAUCUUCAGCUAAACUUUUGAUUUUAGCUCAUCUAAAAAGCAACUAACCUCAUCAUAGACAAACCAAAAGUAUGCACGAUACUUACCGGUCAGCUUUGUUGUUCAACAUUGGCACAGAGCCUUAUUCCCUUCUUAGCAGAACUCCUUUAGUAAUAUGCCCCCAUGCUAUCAGCUCCUAGGCUAGAUCUUCAGCUCCCCUUAAGAUGCAACCUCUGCUGCGAUUCCUAGCACUCUUCAGACUUAUGAAGCCUCUUCCUAAGUCCUUAAUCAUUCUACUCCAGCUGACAACAGGUUCUCUCCUUGACCAGUAUCAAACCAGGAUUUUUAUUUGCACCAGGCUUUUUAUUAAUAAUCAUUUGGGUGAUUUUUGAUCCCCUUAUUGGUCUAUAAUUAUGAGCCAAUAAGAUGAGGUAGAAUGCCCAUUAACUGACCAAUUACAACUGACCACCCUUUUGAUGCAUUUGAUUCUGAAUAUAAAGUCAGCAGCCUCCUCAAACAUAGCCAUCUUCUUGUUGCUAAUAGACUACAAUGACAGUCUGCUGCCUGCUAGUCUGUCUUUGGUAGUCGCUUUGUUUACGGUUAACCCUUACCUUGUUUGAAAUGAUAUAGCAUUCUUAUCAUAAACUUUACCACAUAAACAACAUGAUUACAGGCCCAAAGUUACCUACUGAGUUUCAUGACAUAGUGGAUAUUUGGACUCAGGUGUCUCUGGCUCACAUGGAACACUUUUGCUAGCAUGUACCACUCUGGUUCUGUUUUAGCAAUCUUCUCAGCAGCACGUAUCUAAGAUUUUUGACUCUUUGAUGACAUCUCUUUUUUCUUGGUAGCUAAUUCUGACAUUAGUGUGUUAAUCUGAAAAACCACCACCAUCAUCUUUUAAAUGCAUUGCAAACACAAUGCUAUGUGCAUGCCUCAUCCUUAAAUAAAUCACAUUAAUAUGUAUACCUGAUUUUAAAUAUAUGCAGAAGUCAAGAGCUAUUACCAGUAAUGAACACCUUAAGACUUAAUUUUGAACAUUCAGUCUUUACAUUGGUAAUGAAAGUUUUUGCAGAUACAUAAAUUGCUCAUCAUGCUUUCAAAUCUAAUAUUACAUCUGAAAUGCUGACAUAAAAGAUCUUACCUUUACAGAAUACAUACUACGGUAUGUGAAAUGAUGAGCGCUUCCUGUGUGUGCAUCAGAUGUUGUUUUACCAGAAUCUGUAGUUUAUACUAAUAAUGUAAAGUCUAAAUUGACAUGUAACGGUAACAGCUGCUGGGCAUUUGGAGCUACCUUGCUUCUUUAUUUUCAGUGUUUUUCUUUUAUUUUUAUAAAAAGGUUGACAUAUUUUGCUUUGAAAUUCAAGACAGUGUUUGGUUUAUGCUUUGUAAAAGCUCCAGGCUCUGGGCAUUUUAUUAUCAAUGAUAAGGAAUACAUGUUUGGGGCUUCUGUUUAACUGAAUCAAUUACUAGGUCUCAAGGAUCAUAAAGGAAAGACUUUGGUAGUGUUCUCUCAUAGUGAGGCCAACAGAAUGCAAGCCUAUGCUGGUGUGGCCUGCUUGUGCAGUUUAUGAGAACAGUUCUCAUGACAGAGGUUGGCAGCCUUACAUUAUUGGUGGCUGCUUUGUAAUAGAGAUUCAAAAUGAAAAAGCCAAGGAUGCUACAGGUUGGCAAGAUUAUACUUGGCAGAAGUUAAAAAAACCUUGCAAUGGUUCAUAUCUUUUUCAUCUGAUGAAUAAGAAAGUAGGAUUUAACAAAAAUCUCAUUCAUAUAAGAUGCAUUUUAGGUGUGCACCAAGAAAUGUAAAGUAUUACAGUGGUACCUUGGGUUACAUAUGCUUCAGGUUACAGACGCUUCAGGUUACAGACUCUGCUAACCCAGAAAUAGUGUUUCAGGUUAAGAACUUUGCUUCAGGAUGAGAACAGAAAUCGUUCUCCGGCAGUGCGGCAGCAGCAGGAGGCCCCAUUAGCUAAAGUGGUGCUUCAGGUUAAGAACAGUUUCAGGUUAAGUACGGACCUCUGGAACGAAUUAAGUACUUAACCUGAGGUACCGCUGUAUUGCAACGAAGAAGCACUUAGAAAUCCUGCAAGUAUGCUUGGAGCCAAAGACAAUCCCAGCUAUGUGUUGAGUACCGUACACUCACUGGCAACCCUGGGGCUGUUGCUGUGUAAUGUAUGAAAUAGUCUAGAUGUAUCCUCUUUAAUUCAGUCCUAAGGGGUGAAACUGGCACUUGGCUAUAUAUAUUGUUGAUGGCUCAAUUCGUUUUUAUUUUGGAACAUUUUCACCUCUUGCCUCUUAAAUCUCAACGUUGUGCAUUCAUUGCCAAAUAACAAGAAUAUAAUUAUACAAUAGUACCCAGAGGUAGGAGAAACUUAUAAUUUGUGAUCUUAAAAAGGGCAAGGCAGUUUUGUUUAGCAGCCAUGAAGAGUUGCUGUUGCAAAUAUAUUGGCAUAAAAAAAGUUAUGCAAGAGAUUCUCUAAAUUUUAAAAGUUUUUCUAAAGUGAUAGUAAAGUGUUAAGGUGCUGACUUGCAUCCGUCUUCAAAGACUCAGAAGUGAUAUAAUUGCUGCUUAAUUGAGUGUAGGGAGAAAUCUUGAUUCUGAGAGUAAGGGAGUUGGGGGAAAAAGAAAUCCCAGCCAAAAGUUACUAAACAGAUAGAGACUAUGCAAAUAGCUUUCAAGCUCAGACAAGCUGUGAUCAUAUAUAAACACUGGAAAAAUGUCCAUGCCAGCAACUGAGUCCUGCUUGCUUAACAAUAUAAAGGAGCCAAUUUUAUAUGCCAAGCUAGAAAACACUGAUGAAUGCUAAGUUGUUAAAUAGCAGCACAGCAAGGACAGGGUUUGAUAGUCUAUGAAUCUUAUAUUAUAACAUAAACAUGCCAUUAAGUUUCACUUAAAGCUCUGUUUUGCCAAGUGACUCAUCAGAUAUUGCUAGUUUCCAGGGUUAGUCCUGGAAAAGUUGAAGCAUAAUUCUGAGCUAACACAUCUCCAGAAAUACUUUCAUGCAGUGGAUGAAUGUAAACCUUUGCAUUCCAUUUUCCUUGUUGAUCAAAAGAAAAACCAAUAGUACAAAACAAUAGCAGAGGAUUAAUCUUCCCAACACUUAAGAUAGAAUAGGGUAAAAUCUAAUAGUGUUACUGAAUAUGCUUAGUUUCCUGAUAAUGUAAGCACCAUUUCUCCUGAAGAAAUAUAGGAGUGAUAUUUUUGUGUGGCAGCCCAAAUACUGCUUACGAAUUCAGUAACACCCUACCUUGACCCACUGUCAUGACUCUCUGUACUUUGUUUGCACAAUGUACCAUUUUGCUAACAGUCUGGAAUGGGGGAACAAUUUUAUUCCACUUUUCCCAGAGCAGUGAAAAGGCUUUGAUUGUAAAAAAUUCUAGUUUUAAUAAACUCAGAAUAAAAUACAUUUUAAAAGUCUGUUAUUAUUCAUAUGGAUCUGGGGUUUUUUUUGUUUUAUAUACUUGUAGUUUUAAUGGUUGCAAGCUGCUUUGGAUGGGCUUUGCUUGAAAAAGCAGCAUAUAAAUUUUUUUUAAACAAAUAAAUAACAAAAAAGGGUUGUGCUAAUGCCUCCAUAUGCAUUAUUACUAUUAUUAGUCCUGCCCUUCACCAUCAGUUCAUAGGGCAAUUUAAAAUUCAGUUUUAAAACAGUUAAAACAAAUUGCAAUCACAUGAAUAGGGUGGGUCCUGGAAUACACAAUUCUGGUGUCAAAGGCCAGUCAUGGAAGUUGAAAAAGAUUGUUUAAAUAAAGUGUGUGUGUGUGUGUGUAUUUCAUCAGCCAACUAUUAGCAAAGUUUCUGGGGAAAAUAAACAUUUUCUUAAUUAAGCAUGUCUUCGGGUCAUUUUGGAUGAAAUUUUGAUUAUGUUCGGUAAGAUUUCAUUGUUAUUAAGUAGAAAAAUGAGGACAUGGGAAAACUCACUUGGGAACAAUAUUAUUUUUCACUUGAUGAUCAAGAUUACCCAUUAAAGCUUAAAAAACAAAGCCUCAAAAUUGGCCUGCUUGACAAGUUCUUAAGCUCUUAGCUUCUUACGAUGUUGCUUUAAAAAAAAUCUAAGACCUACCGGUAACUGCUUAUCUUUUUGCAUGAUGAUGUUAGGAUUUUUUACUUGAAUUUUAAUUUUGAUAGAUUAUGACGCAGUUUGUUCUACAGUGUUUAAAGAAUCAAGUUGAGGACAGAUUUAUGUGAAGGCCUGGGACUAAACAAAACUGGAGACUCUUAUUCCAGACUUGUGUUUAACUAUGUGUGAAGAUUAAGAACAUUUUGGCAUGGAUAUUGAUACUGAUCUGGGGAUCAUUUUUUUGUUUAGCAGGAGCCUGUAUCCCUGUUCUUGCAUGUAGAACAGCAAAUUGUUCUUAUUGCCACUCACCUGUUUGGGUAUGAGAUACUGUUUUGCUCCUACACAGCAGCCUUUUGCAUGUGUGAGACAGAUAGAGAAGGCUUAUUUUCCCCCUUGUAGAACCUGAAUGAUAGAAAAUAACUAGAGAUAAGCACAACAUUUGACAGAAUAAAUAUAACAAACCACUUUUGAAAUAUAAAAAGUUGACAUUAAAAUGCAUUGAUGGUGUAUGUGGGAGUUGCCAUUCAACUUUAAGAACACAGGUUUUUGUUGGCAGGUCCAACAUGUUUUAUGGCUUUCCUAGUGAGCGUGGUCAAUACAGAAUUGGCUUUUCUUUAGUUAGGUUUUGUCCCCUUUAGGGAGAGGGGCUAGUGCACUGAUAGUUUCCCAUAUUUUUGCUUCUCUUUUCUUUCUGUUAUUGCAUUAUUUCUCUAUGGUAGGGGAAGAAAAAAGCAAUUGCCUACCAGCACUGAGAACAAAAGCUGACUAAUAAGGAAAUUUAAGGGCAGCACUAAAAUGGGCUGAACAGGAAGCUUUUAGUUAGCAUUGGAAAUGACUUUUAACAGAUCUUAGAAAGAAUCUCCUGGUGGAACCACUUCAGGCACUAGCCCAGGGGUCAGCAACCUAAGGCCCAUGGGUCACACGUGGCCCACGAGGGUCGUUUAACUGGCUCACGAGCCACCCCCGAACUGAGCCACCCACUCGGCAAGUCCCCACGCGCUGUGCUAAACCAGCAUGGCGCGGCGACUCGCUUCCGCGGUGCCGGAAAUCGCAUCUGUGCAUUCACAGACACCGAAAAUCGUGUGUGCAUGCGUUCGUGUGAUCCAGCCUAUGGAGGGAUCUCUGCUGGAGUGAACUGGCCCAGGCAAGGUAAACCUUGCCCACCCCUGCACUAUCCCUUGAAUGCUUUGCUCUCUUGGCCAUGAGGGAGGACCCCAUCACCAGGUAGUCAGAGGAAGGGGGGGCAUUGAUGAGGAGAGGUGGAUGGUAUCAAAGGCUAAUGAGAGAUCCAGUAGAACUAGGAAACAGCUUUCAGCUUUGUCCCUAGCCUGCUGGAGAUCAUCGACCAGCGUGACCAUCUGGACCGUCUAGAGGUAAAAGCUGGGGCCCCUGUUAUACAGUGGUUGCUCCUGUGCCGUGUCCAGAAAGAGGUGCUGGGGGAUGUGUGUUCAGACCCCAUGGCUCUCACUUGUCCUGAAUGGGGCAAUUGUGCCCCUGAAGGACCAGGUGCACAGCCUGGGAGUCAUUUUGAACUCACAGCUGUCCAUGGAGUUGCAGGUCAAGUCUGUGUCCAGGGCAGCUGUCUGCCAACUCUCAUCUGGUACGUAGGCUGAGACCCUACCUGCCCACAGACUGUCUCGCCAAAGUGGUGCAUGCUCUGGUUAUCUACCACUUGGACUACUGCAAUAUGCUACCUUUGAAGGUGACUCAGAAACUACAACUAAUCCAGAAUGCGGCAGCUAAACUGGUGACUGGGAGUGGCCACCGAGACCAUAUGACAACAGUCCUGAAAUACCUACAUUGACUCCCAGUGCGUUUUCAAGCACAAUUCAAAGUGUUGGUGCUGACCUUUACCAGCCCUAAACGGCCUCGGCCCAGUAUACCUGAAGGAGCGUCUCCACCUGCACCACUCAGCCCAGACACUGAGGGCCAGUUCUGAGGGCUUUCUGGUGGUUCCCUCACUGUGAGAAAUGAGGUCACAGGGAAGCAGGCAGAGGGCCUUCUCAGUAGUGGCAUCCACCCUGUGGAACACCCUCCCAUCAGAUGUCAAGGAAAUAAACAACUACAGUGGUGCCUCGCAAGAUGAAAUUAAUUCGUUCUGCGAGUUUUUUCGUCUUGCAAAUUUUUCGUCUUGCGAAGCAUGGUUUUAAUGGUAUUAGCGGUUUUAAGAAAAAAGAAACAAACUCGCAGGACGUUUUCGUCUUGCGAAGCAAGCCCAUAGGGAAAUUCGUCUUGCGAAGCAACUCAAAAAACGAAAAACUCCUUUGUCUUGCGAGUUUUUCAUCUUGCGAGGCACCACUGUAUCUGACUUUUAGAAGACAUCUGUAUCGGGAAAUUUUUAGUGUCUAAUGUUUUACAAUUUUAAUGUGCUGUAAGCUGCCCAGAGUGGCUGGGGAAACCCAGCCAGAUGGACGGGGUAGAAAUAAUAAAAAAGAUGAGGAUGAGGAUGAGACUUUUCACUGAAAUACUGAUGAUUUUUCAUUAGGAUUUUUUAAAAUAAAAAAUGGCAGGUUGUGGAAAUUUGGAGAACUGAGUUUAAGACUGGAAAAAUGAGAACAGAAAUUGAUAGAUUUGCAGAGGACAGGUGUACAUUCAUGUACCUUUGUAACGAGAUGUUUGUUUAGUGUUUCUGUUUUGGUUUUAACAUAUUUUAAAAGUAAAAUCGUAACUCUGGGCAGUUUUGGCAACUGUCACCACAGGAAUUAGAACAUUGGGAAAGUGUCAGUUGGGGCAGUUAGUUGAGAGAAAGAAGGAGAUGGGCUAGUAAGGAAGAAGAGUGUCUUUGCAAAAUUCGCCUGAUGAGGGGAGACUAUAAUCACGUUCUGUGGUGGAUAGAUGCGAAAGGAAACAGUGAUGUGGGAGCCAAAUGGUGCAAGGGGAUUCAGCAGCCCACAGAGCCAAGGAGCAGCUUGAGAUUGUCUACUCGCAGGGACACCCAGGCAACCCAAUGGCACCAUAAGAGACUCAACGGUGGUUAAGGGCUGUAGUGUUUGUUCAUUUUGCCAGAAAGGAUACCGCCUUGUAUUCUGUGCUGGAAAAAAGGCAUUCCUUUCCUCAUUUGUAAUAAAUGUUUUAACAAAGGUGGAUUUUCCAGGUUUCCCAACUCACUUCCCAGAGUGUGUACCUGGGGGGAAAGGCUUUCCGUCACUGGUGGGAGCUUAAAGGCAAACUGCUGUUGCAGGCAGGUCCCAAAACAGCAACAAGAGCCCUCAGUAUUGCCUCCGGAUAUGAAGAACUCUUUGUGGAGCCGUAUGUUUUAAUUUAGGGGCUGAACCAAACAUUUUGAUUCCCUUGGCAACAGUAAGCCGCAAUUCAGUAGAACAAAACCAACAUAAACAACAUUAGAACAGUUUGUAGGUCAUAAUUUAACUGUGCAAUAUUUCAGCCCUUAUGAUUUAUUUGAAAUUACAGGCAGAUGUAAUAAUUAAAGAUUGAUACUGCCAAAGAUAUGAUCUAAUCUUACCUGACACAGGAAAGGACAAUCCCACCCGGCUUUUAAUCACUGAUUAGUUUAAUUAUGUGCACUCCACUGAUAAUCCACAAACCUUUUUGAUGUUUGCAAUCUUUUUUGCAAUAUUAAUUGCAAAUAUCAAAUGGAGGCUUCAAAUACAAAUACAGUGAUGGUGGGUGCUUCCAGACAUGGGCAGUUUAGCAGCAGCCAGUCAUUGAUGUUCUACUUUAAACUAGAAAUGGAAGGCAACACUGCUUCCAGAAGUCUAACAUGCAAUAAGAAAGUUUGCAUUCCCUGUUUCUCCAUCCACAUGUUGUAAAGAAGCAAUUUUCAUUGGGAUUGUUGGAAUAAAAGGUUUCCUUCCUCACUGCCAAAUCAAGAUUCUGCAACUUAGGGCGGGAGCCGGAGGAGGAAAUGGAUAUAAAGGUAACGUUACUUGAAAAGGGUAGGGUUAAAGUAAUAGAAUUGAUUCCUAGAGAGAAGAGAACAGCCAACAGAGAAGGAAAUGGCUGAAUGGUCUCUCCAAAUGACUGUGAUAGGCCAUUGACAACCGAGGAAAUUGUGCAGCAAUUAUGAAAGUUCAGUUCUGCUGAUGUGGCUCACUAUCCACAUAUAAACAUUUUUCAGUUUUCAGACUUUUUCUUUUGCAUUUUCUUUUAUAUUGCUAAGGAUAGAAAAGGGAUAAGUAGGCCGUUCAUUUUAAAAUGUGUGUUUUUCAGACAGGGCUUUGGAAUGUGAUUUUUUUUUUUUACCAGCCUGUUUUCACUGAUACGUUAUUGAUGUUUUUCCUGCUAUUAUUGAAGUAAUGUGUGUUUAUAUUGUACACCACCUUGUUACAUAUACUUUUAAUGAAAGUGCACUUUAUAAAUAUAUAAACAAAACAAUUAAAAUAAAUAGAUAAAGAAUGUCAGUCCAUGAGUGGUUUGUGGGUGAUGGCCUCACGGUAAAUAUGGGGUAGGUUUAUUGAGAGGGCAGAAAGAAUGGAACUAUAUCAAUCAUGAUGAUGUAAAUCAUGAUAACAAUCAGGCCUCCCAUUCCAUUAAAUAAUUGAUAUCUCUAAUGAGAGCACUCUGGUUUUGACCUUACUUCUUCUUGCCGACACUGACAGAUUUGCUGAAGAUACUUUGCACAAUACACAGAAGGCAAUUUAAGAGUAGCAUUUCAAAGUCAAUACAAGUUAAGCAUUAAAAGCCUGUUGUUACAGGUCUGUAGGAAUUAGAAUUCAAUUAGUGCAUGGGAAUGAGGCCACUGGGAAUUAGGAAUAAAUUCUUUCUAAAUCCUUGCACCCCAGCCUCUAGAUUUAUAUUAGAAGUCUAGAAGAAUAUUUAUUCAUUCUGCCACCUCUCCCCUGAGUAGCAGGGCCUUGAGUUGCCAUAAGUAGAAAUAAGAAAUGGGUACAGCUUUUCUGUAUAUCCUGGUCUCAGAAAUGAAGUAUAUCACUUUUUGACUUUAUAUUUGAAUCACACUUCAUGACUAAAGUGUACAAAAGUAACAAUGCUUCUGCCCUGAGGAACACAUCUUUGAUUCUGAUACACUGAUGGUUAGUAUAAAUAUUUAUGCCGUGUCUUUCAAUAAAAUGAUCCCUGAGGCAGCUCUUAGAAUAUUGUAACAAUGCAAUACAAACUAUUUACUCACCUUUUGGUGGUGGGGACAGACAAGAGAGAUGCUGUGGGGUCAGCAUGAAUUAAAAACACCUCCCCAGCUUCCUGGUGUUCCUGUUGCUGUCCUUACUGAGGUCUGCAGCAAACCACUCCAGGAAGUGUGCUUCCAGGUGGCAAUUACUAUAAUGAUCACUAGAGCCCACAUCACAUGUUACACUCUUGAUGGGGUUCCAUCCGAUGAUCGGGAAGUAGACCCCUGAAGUUUGCCUUGCUCCCGUGUUGCACAGAUGGGCUAGUCCCACCCUGUGCAUUGAGCACAGCUAUCUGAAAACAAGCCCUCAGUGUCAUGUGUAGUUGUUCUUUUUCAGAUAUCUGUACUCAUUGUGUACUCGUGUGGUAGUUGGCAUGGGGUAGCAUGGCCAGGACACUUAUUCCCUGGUGAUUGCAUGGACCCCGCUCACACAUGUCAUGCCUAAAGAAAGCUUUAGGAGGUGGGGCUCCUCAUGUAGGUAGAAUGUGGCUCCCACCUCAUUGCUUUGUGACGGUUGACUUAGAGAGAUCCUGGGAGAACAUGGAGUGGACGCCUCUUCCUAGGUCUCCAGAAAUAACCUCCAUCCUCAGGAAGUGUGUUUGCAGGUACCACUGGAGUCCCACUGCUGAAAUACAAGAAGAAGGUUCACAUUAUGUAAGAGACUGGUGCUGCAAUGCUGCAUUCCAACAAAAGCAUUGUAAGGAUGGAUUUGCUGUACAUGGUACAGUACAUGGCAUGUAGGAAGCAAGAGGUGGAUUAAUCCCCCCUUUUCUUUUUUAAAUGCAGAUUCGGUUGGUACACUUGUCCUUCCAGCUGUAAGUAUUAUUUUCCCCAAGUACUAGAGUUCCAUGUGAAAUAUUUCCUGAAUGGAUGCUGCCUCUUUCAUUUAUUUACCUUUAUUUCAUUUUAAUCUUGUAUAUAGUGUAAGUUCACUAUUAGUGAGCAAAGAGCUUCCUUCUGACAAGUGAAUCAUAUACACUGAAAUGCAGGCGUUUCAUAUCUUGUUUUAGGACACAACAUCUGACAGUGAUGUUAAAACAGACAUUCAAACUAGUGUUCCUGGCAUGUCUAGAUGUAAUUGAAACAAACCAGAAUGCGGGAUAGCAUUCCUUCUAGGUUUUGUUUGCUAACAAAGAGGGUGUAAAAGUAUUAAAAUUCAUAAAUAUUAGAUAAGAGUUUAAAACAGAUUUAUAUCAACAUGCAUUUUUAGGUGCAAACCACAUUGUCAUGAAGCACUUGCCUCAAAAUAAUUAAGAGUCAAUGAACAGGAGCAGAUGAAUCAUGAUUCUUCUUCUGCACAAUCCCUUUUCUUGUAAAUUGUAAGCAUGGCUGCUGCUUCUGCCUUAGAAGCAUGUCUGUGCUUGCUUGUGCCAUGUAUCUCUGAAACGUGCUUGCAGACUAACUCAGGGAAUAAGACUUUCCAGAACACAAAUCAUGGUUGGGAAUUUAGAUCAAAUGUCCUAGGGGAACCAUUUUCUUCUGCAGCCUGAUUCUGUUCUGCCAGAGGACAGAUUGUUGUCUGCCUGGUAGUGCAGGCUCAGAAACCAGGAUAAUGAUCCAGGAUCUCAUAUUGACAGCAGUGUUAGAUGCUGAGAUAUGAAAACUGGGAUCUAAAUGGCACCUUAAACCUAGGUUAUGGGCACAACAACUGAAUGUCUAGGCACACUUUUUUAAUAACUAGAAUACAAAGCUGAAAAUGAAUGGGAUGCAGCUAAAAUAUUAUGUUCAUUUUUCACAUGGUCUAGUCCUUCCCUUGCCCACCCCCCAAUAUUCUUAAGAGGGUCUCUUCUCCAGUCUUCAGAGAGGAGCUGGAAGUAGGGAGGCAGAAAAAGGUCGUCCUUUCCUUCCACUCUGCAGUUUUAAUCUGAAAUCUUUGGUGCAGUACUGCGCCCAGAGCUCAGAAACUGCGCACGCUAAUGAAAUUCCCUGUUGCAAAAGGCUCCAAGAACAAUGGGAGUUUCGAACACUGAUUGACAGUAAACCUGGUCCCAUUUAGCCAGCACAAUACAUUUCACUGCUUGAAGCAAAGAACAAGAUGGCACCUUCCUAUUCCACAUAGAGAAGCCAGCCGAAUCUAUGGCAGCUGAAUCUUCUUUCAGCACUGGUGAGGGGAUAGUUGCUACAGUAGGCUAACUUAGGGGGUACAGGAUGCAUAGCUCUGUCCUCCCACAUGUCACAGCCUCCAACAUCUGCUGCCUGAGUCAGCUGCCACAAUCUGCUUAAUGGUAGAGCUGGUCUUGUUAAGCUGUAAUGGGGAACUUUGGCUUAAUGCAAGUCACAGUCUUUACACUGAAGCUGGCAUGCAACAAGCAAACAAGGGGAUGAGGCAGGAGUGAACUUCCACAGUAUUCAUUCAUAGCUUCAUAAACCAUGGUUUUUGGAGCUGUGGGUGAAUAUAUAAACAGGAUCAUAGUAUGAAAGAAUAAAUGAAAAUUCAGGUGACAGAACACUUUUAGGGAGUGUCAUUGUAACUUAUUUGUAGAUUUUAUGUCAUAAUCUUACUCGUAUUUACUUGGAUAUCUUUAGUAGGGUUUUCUCUUAGGUAAGUGUACAUAGGAUUGCAGCUUCAAUUUUUUUAGUUUUGUGAGUUCUAAUUAUUCGUUGUUUUACUGUUCUGUGUGUCCAGUAUUUGUUUUAGAAAUAAAUAAAGCAGUCAUGUUUUUUACCCCCAGCUCCCCUUGGGCAGUACUCCUGGUGAUUAUGAUUUACUAGUCAAAGGAUAUUCAGAAGGUCGUCUGCUAUUUUCUAACCACACUGUCCUUGAAUUUGAGCACAAGAGCUUAUCGGUAUUCAUCCAAACUGACAAGACUAUGUAUAAACCAGGCCAAGAUGUGAAAAUACGGGUUGUUACUCUGUAUCCUGACCUCAAGCCGUACAAUACUCCUAUGAAUAUAUAUAUUCAUGUAAGUAUAAACUUGACAUUAUUUGGUGAAGCAGGGUUUUCUUUCAGAGUAUGGUUAUGCAAUUUGCAGUGUAUUUUCACUAAGACUAUUCUUAUACAUAAUGGCAAGGGAUUUAAUUUUGAAUAAAUCAGUGGUUCCCAAACUUCUCCCCCAUGGGUCACCUGGAAAUUGCUAACAGUCUUGGCAAACAAGUUAAUGAUUUUUCUGCCUGUAGUAGCAAUUGUAAUGUGCUGUGCUAGAAGCUGUAUGAUUUUUAAUUUUUAUUGGGUGGAAUUCAACACUGCGCUAUCGGGGCAAGUACUUUAGCUUGUCAGAAUUAACGAUGGUAUUUCCCCUCUCCUUCCCCACUGUUCUGUUCUGAGUGUUACUAAACACAUGCUUUUGACAUUUUUUAAAAAAUAGGAUCCUCGACGCAAUUUGAUUCAACAGUGGUUGUCGCAGAAUGGAAAACUAGGCAAAAUUGCCAAGCAGUUUAAAAUAUCCAAAUAUCCUGUCCUGGGUGACUGGUCCAUACAAGUUCAAGUAAAAGUGAGUAUUAACAUAAUGAAUUGUUUUAACAGGGAUGUAAUGUAUCUCUGAGUGAAAUCAAUAAUUAAAUUCCCAUUGAUUUUCAUGGGGCUAGGUUGCAUACUGGAGUUAGUUCAUCGUUGCUAGAGAUUAAAUCUGUCUACAGUUGUGCAGUUUAAUUGAAAUGUAUACUGUCUAAAUUGGAUGAGCUCAGCAACUGAGAAAGAUCUGAGUCUUCAGAUACUGAUUACUGUGCAAAAAGUAUGAUGUGGCGAAGGCAUUCUGUGGUGCUUCAUUACUUCAGCAUUCAGUUCAAAAGAUAUAUAGAAAUCACGUGAUACAACUUUUAAUAACUCAUUACCAAAACAUUUGUACAGUAUAUUUUCUUAAAAGCUGAAAUUCUAUAAAAGAAGUUCAAAGACAGUUUUUAGUAGUUCUUGAGUUGGUUUAGAUACUUGAGCAACAUAAAAGGCGAAAGUGCAAUUACAUGCAGUCAUAGAGAGCAAAUUGGGACACCAUUAAUUGUGACUGGGAACGAGCCAAGAAGCAAAUGAGAAUGAAGCAUUCAAUAUUAACUGCUUUGGAGGGCUAUGCAGAUUGAGGAAGUGGAAAUCAGAAGAAAAGGGAAGCACAGAAAUGUUGUACAUUAGAAGUUGGCCUUGAAAGAAUUUGUGUAGACAUUGGGACAAAUUGACAAGCACAGGGAUGUUGUGUUAUCCGCUGCAAACAGUGUUAUGGUUCAGGUCCUACUUGCAGGCUUCCCACAGGCAUCUGGUUGGCCUCUUUGAGAUCAGGAUUCUGGACUAGAUGGACCAUUGGGCUCUCUUAUGAGAGUUGUUGUAUGAGGAAGUUGUAUCUUUGAGUUGUGUGAGAGAGUUCAGUUUGUGAGAGAGCAAGUUUUCACUUUGAGAUGGUGUGCUGGCUAGUGUUGGCUAGUUGCUCCCUUUUCACCUGAGCUCUUGGUCCCAAAGAACAAUGAGUCUACUUAAAAAUUUCUUUAUUAUUUAAUUAUUCAUUUUCUGACUUGGCCUUGGUGGUGGUGGUGUAAGUUGGAAGGAGAAAUGAAGUUGUUUGAGAGCAUCUUGACUCUCUGCUGUGAUCCCCACUCACCCCUCGGAACGCAGUAGGGUAGAAAAAUGUGUUGAUUUGAUAUUAUUAUUUGCAACUCUUGAGUUUGUGCUUGCUAGAAGAAUGAAUUUAAAACUGUCCUGCCUGGCUCCCUGUUACUGUUUAGCCUUGUUAGUUUCUAUGGAAACAACUCAGCUUUUCCACAGACACUCUCAGGGAAGCCGAGCUGAGAAACUAUAUAGAACAACCCUUUUGAUCACUGCCCUACUUCCUGAUGUGUUUGUGGAAAUGUGUGAUUAUGCAGUGUGCAUUAUUGUGUGUGAUGCUCUUUAAACAAUGAUUAAAUAGCUGUGAAAAUAUAGGAAACUACUAUGUAGAUUGGGGUGGUGUGUAACAGUAUUUAAGGUGCCACAGUACACUUAAGUAUUGUAAAGUCGUCUUUGGGAAAACGGCAGUUCAGCAUGUACCUUAUUUAUUCAUUUGCUUGCUUGCUAGAAUUAGUUUGGGAAAAGUCCUAUCUUAGAUAUAAUACACCAUACAAGUUAAGCAUACCUUUCAUAGAAUUUAUUUUGUUUUUCUAUAGGAUCAGACACAUUAUCAGACAUUUACAGUGAUGGAAUAUGGUAAGUGAUUUCUGCUUGCAUGUAAACUUGGAUGCAGAUUUUCUUUUUUUUUUGGAAGACAGAAGGGGUUCAAAAAGUUAAAGGUCCUCCUGCAACAGUAGAAUCAUGAACGUUACAUAAAAAAAGUCAUAAUAAUGAAAAGCCUUCAAAUCACCGAAGACCAGGAGACUCGGAUUAUGAGAACCUUUUACCUCCUAUAUUUGCCCACACAGAACAGAGUAUUCAACUUCAUUUGUUAUUCUAAAGAUGCUUUAUAUUGUUUAGAUGUCAUGGGGAUGUAUUUCACAUGUCUGCCCCAUUCACAUAUGUAGCUGAGGAUGUGUGUGUCUAACAGUAAAAGCAGUGUGCAGGAAAGAAGUGCUGAACACUUUCCUAUCCUGUACCUUAAGAUCCUGCAGUCUUUUGCUCCAAGCAGUUUCUCCCUUACGCCUCUAUUACUAGAAGUGAGCUGAGAAUAAAGAGCAUGGAGCAAUGGAUUGAGAUGAAGUAAUAUGCAGGAGAGGAAGAGGUUCAGUCCACUUGUUUUAAAGACCUCUCCCAUCUGCUUCUAUCCGAUGACUCAUGUGUGAACCAAUAACUUCAGCUGAUUUAAGACCAGACUUUUUUGUGUUUUUUUUAAAAAAUGAUAUUUAUUGAGAAUUUUAAGGUUACAAAGAAAAAAGAAGGAAAAAACAAGAGAAAGAGAAAAAGAAAGAAAAAAGUGGAUAAAAGUAACAAUUAAACAAUACAAAUCAGUAAAAACCAAAGUCAAAAAGAAACAAAACACAUAAUACAUCAAAAUCAAAAAGCAAAAAUAAACAAAAAAUUUAAAAACAAAUCCAAUAUUCCCAGAUCCUUAACUGUCAUUAACUUAUUUCAUCGACCUCCUCACACCUCCCUUUUUUGUAUUCUAGUUGUUAAUUAUCUCAGCAAAUCCUUUCCAUCUUUCACCAUAUUCUGUCAUUAAAUUACCUUAAUCUAUUUUAACCUUAUCUUACCAUAAAAAACCCUAAAACUUAAAACUUAAAUCUUAUUUAUACCAAAUUCUCUUAACCAUAACAUAUUCUUUUUAACAUUUCUGCUAAAGCCAAAUGAUUUCAUUCCAACAUUUUUCUAAUACUCAUUAAUUUUACGAUACUUUUCUAAAUAAAUUUUUAAAACUUUCUUCCAAUCUUCAGCCAUCGUCUCCUUCCUGGUCUCGGGUUUUGUCAGUCCCUUCUAUCCCAUCCAUCUAGUCCAUCAACCUGGUGACCUUAUAUCCGAGGCUCUUAAGUCUUUUCCAUGUCCCUUCCGCAGGUCUUCUUCAUGUUUAUACCUGUACUUUACUUUGUCUUCUGCUCCUUUCACUCGGGAGACUCCAGCUUGACAAUAUUUUUGUCCCUUCUCGACAAGUCAGCCCCUUUUCCAUAGUCAACACUGAAAUCCAUGUGAUAUUUAAAGGCAUGUUUCAAGGUCCCUCCAAAGUUAAAGGCCCCCACAACUCCGAGCUCCCCCCGGCCCAAAGCCAGACUUGAAAGGUCAAAACAUCCCUGCAUAGGGGGGUCUAUCCAGCCCCCCAUCUCCAAGCCAAACUGGACUCCAUCUCUCCAAAUCUGACUUUUUCCAGGUUCGUUCGUCAAAUCCAACAACUCAUGUUCCUGCUGGGCCACAGCUCCCUCCAUCUCUGCCACCCGAGGUCCAGCAACAACCUCCUCCCUCAUCUGAUCUGUCAAAGCACAUUCCUGGAUUAAUUCCUGAGUGGGUUCUAUAUAGGUACCCACUGCCUGUCCAAAAUUUCCAAUCGCAACAGUCAUCAAAUCCAUCUUCUCAUGUAACUGUUCCAAUAAAGCACUUGUCUUGCAAAAGGCAAGCACCAGAGCCUCCGAGCACAUUCUUGUUCAAGGUCGAAGUCUGGUCCCACGAUCUUAAUCUAUUACAGCUGCAAAGCUCCCCAGUUCGGCUUUAAUAACAAUUUCACAAGCUCCCUCUAGGGGAAACAAUUUCUAUUUGUAUCCAUCUUUUUUUUUUUAAAAAAAAGCAGAUCUAGCAACAAAGUUUUCCUUUUUCGGAUAUUUUGUCAAUAUUUUGUUCCUUUUAAAUGCGAAGGGGAACAAUGGAAUCAAUAUGCUUCUCUUCUUUUAACUAUCUGUCAAAAACGUUUGUCCAUAGUCAAUGAACUUCCCCAAAACGUCUGUCCUGACACCCCGCUCCCAGGUUCAAGAUGGUGGAAAAUUGCCUUUCUUUACUCUCUCUUCUGCAGGUUUAAACAGUCUAAAAAAGGUUUCCCCCUCUUCUCCUGCUUCCAAGGGGGGUUCAGUAAUUUUAAAUCAUGAAAAUUUGAUCGACUUUCUAAACUCUAGCUUGCCGUGUCUUUGCUUCAAUCUAUCUACAAAAGCGGAAGGCGGACUUCCUGUUUAGACCUUCCCGCUUCAGUGCCAAAUUAAAAAGUUUCUUAAUCCAAUUUUCCGUUUUACUCACGGGCAGUUGUUUAAAAUCCAAUUGUCCACAGGAAAAAGUCAGCGCUCUCUGGCAACAGCAAUGCGGCUUCACUCCGUGAAAGAAGCAGUCGAUUCAAAGCACCGCGCCACUCACCCCACGUCGCUCCGGAUCCCCGAAACUGGGUUUCCCCGCUAGUAGGGGGGGCGCAAAGGUGCCAGCCGAAUCCCACGUCCACAGGCUUCUCCCGCCUGUGGUUUUUGAUGGGUCUCCGCCUCGCCGUGGCGGUUCAGACCCUGUUUUCCACGGAGCGGAUUCCUCCCGAUCGGAGGAAAUCCGCCAUUGCCAGAGGCGCCAACCCGGAAGUCCAAGACCAGACUUUUUUGUGGGGGUGGGCAUAUUUUGUGGCUCAGUAUUUCCCAUGUUUCUUAGAUUUCCCACCCCUGGUUUAGAGGAUUGUACAUUCAGCACCCUCAGCAAAUUAAAAGCCCUAGAUGAGAUACAUAAAUACAUUGUUUGCAUUAUACUGAGAAAACCACAUUAAUGAAACAUGUAUUGAAAAACAUAGCUAUGGCCAUCAAAUUAAUUACAGUUUCUUCUUUUUUAGUGCUACCAAAGUUUGAAGUCUUUCUAGCAACACCUCUGUUUUAUUCUCAGAAAGACAUGAAUUUCACUGGUACUGUCACAGCAAAGUAGGUAAAAAGUGAAUCUUACAUCAUUUGCGAUCUAUAUGCAUUGUACACCUGUGUUAGUCCUUAGCUAGUUCCUAACUAUGCAAAAGUGGGAUUUAAUUCAAUUAUUGAUUCCUUCUUUGCAGACGUAACAGUCGAUCAUUAUUUUUAAAAAGUAUAUUUUUCUGAGUACAAUUUUAAAAUACAAAACUAAUAAUAAUAAUUUUAAAAUGAGAAAUUACUGUGGCUAUAAAGAGAAAACUGGUAAUUUAAGCCCUUCUCCCAGAACAGGACAAUUAAAGAAUGUCAUUGACCCCACAAGUGAACUUGAAGAAAGUUGUUAGGGCAGAAGCUGUAAGAAAGAAGGUGUUAACUGCAGGAACACUUGUGUGGCACCGUUAUGGCUGGUGAAUUUCAUGAGAGUUAAAAUUCCAAUAAAUUUCCAGAUAACCUGAGGUGUUGCUUAUGUCCACUCUGUCUCUGUAUGUAUAGUAGGGAUACUUGUAGUUAUUGUUGUUAAUAAAGUAAAAGAUACAUUUUAUUAGUGAUGGGCAAUAAUUUCACUGAUUCGGUGUAAUUUGCAGUAUGCCCAGAUCCAGAAAGGGUAUGAUCCCCAGAUUUAAAGUUACAUGCAUGGUAUGUAGGAUCAGAUUCAAGUGGAUACUUGUAGGUUUAUGAGAUUGAAUCAAUCUGUCUUCAGAAACUUGUUUUGAAAUGACGGGUUUUUUGUUGACUGUUUCAGGUACACAUAUGGAAAACCUGUGCAAGGAAAAGUAACUGUUGAUUGUUCCCAGUUCUAUGGAAGGAAGAAAAAUAUCACUAAGACAUUUGAGGUGAGCUGCAGUUAGCACCUGACAUGUGUUUAUGUUGGGCGGGGGGGCGGGGGAUAACACUUCUUCAGCCACCUCAAGGAUUUCUUUGUGGAAAUAAUAAAUCUUUUAAAUUGCAAUCCAGUGCCUUAGCUUUUUUUUACUCAGCUGCCUACCUAUGUGUAAUGGUUCAAGGGGUUGCUCGUGCGUAAGCCGGUGCCAACACCUGGCUGGGUUGCCUGAGUGAACCUUUUCUGUCCGGACAGCCACUCACCCGUGGCUGUCUCAAUCGCUGGCAGAAUCCGUCAGUGGGCGUUUCUUAAACUUCUUCCAGCAAAGAAGCUCUUUGACGCCUAGUCUCCUCCUACUCUCUGCGCGAAAGCCUUCUGCGCAAGGAGGGCGUAGGCAGCGGAGGACCCUUACUCUUCCCGCUGGUCCCCGGCAAGGAGUCAUGGGACCGCCUCGCCGAUUCCCCCAUCUGCCCCCCUUCUCCACUGGUGCUACGCUGAUUCUCUUCCCCAGAAGAUGGGCUGCCUCUCCCAAUCCCGGGACGCUCUCUGGAAUCCCUCUGGAGCUUGCUCUCUCCCUCCGGCACUGAUGGCAGUUCCCUCACACUAUGCUACCCUGUAGCUUAUGCUUAUCAGUCUGUCAUCCAAAUGAUUAAGCAGUUCUCUAAUGAUCUGUGUGGUGGCCAUUACGUAGUAGUCCCCCACUGAAGAAAGCAGUGUGUAAUGUAGAGAUGUCCCAGUUCCAGCUCCCCUAGAGUUUUCAGGUAAAGACAAAGUUAGAGUAAUGUGCAGGUAAUCUGUAAGCAGUAAUAGCAGAUCUCCUGAGCCAGAAACAUUCAUGGGGUCAGGGCAUGACACAUGACCAGUAGCGACUGGUAUGGUUGAUCUGCCUGCAGUUCCCUCCUUUGGCAGGUGGUUGGUGCUGCUUAGGCUCACUAUCAGCCCAACUUCUGAUGUUUCCAAGAUCCACUGCAGGUUCAUGUUUUGCCAAUAUUUUGUUUUAUUUAUCAUUUCCAUUUCCAAAUUGUGCUCUGCUAAUGCUACCUUAACCCUUAAGGGAAAUGCAGUGAUACAAAUAUGGUCUGGUUCUCUCUCCCCAAUGCCUGCUUAUUCCUUUCAAAAGAUAAAACAAAUUGAUUAGUUUUUCUUCUUCUUGUUUUCAGAUUAAUGGAUCUGUGAACUUUACAUUCGACGUUCUAGAGGUGGAAAAUAUAACUUUCAACAAUUGGGGUUAUUCUGCGCAUCACCAGAUGCCGGUGGAAAUUACAGCUGUGGUUACAGAAGCACUUACAGGUAUGCAGUUUUAUAUGGGGUUUUCUUUAAGGCAGGUAUGGGGUACCUUUGGCCUUUGAGGCUCAUAAUCAAGCCGUCGUCACUCCCUAGGGCAUGCCUCCUCCCCCUUUUUUGCCUUGUAGGAGGAGACUUUCCCCUGCAUAUCCAGCUCCCUGCAAAUCCUUGCUACAUGCUGAGAAAGGAGCUGCCUUUCUCAGCAGUAUAAACUGUUGGUAGUUGGAAUCAUGAGAAAUACAGACUCUGCAAGUGUUAUUAGGAAUGAAUGAUUAUGCAUGAGACUUUUUUUAAACCCUCCAAAUAUUCUAACAGGAAUCUCCCAAAAUGCAAGUGCUACUGUAUUUCCAAAGCAUCAUGACUACAUACUAGAAUUUUCUGAGUAUCCAGCAGUUCUCAAGCCUAGUCUGAACUUCAUAGCUAUGGUGAGUUAUUCUACUACUCUUUAUAUUAUCAGUAUCAUUCUAGGGGGGAAAAGCAGUAUUAUGGAGACAAGAGUUGGGUUUUUAAAAAUACUGUAUAUAUAGAUAUUGUCUUUUAAAUAAAUUAAUUACAAUUUCUUUUGAGUCUCUUGGUGUAUUAGUUAUUGGUGGUUGCAAGCUGUCAGCACUAAAUGAACUGUUGGCAUUCCAUAUUUAGGAUUUGAGUAUAAAUCUUAGUUGUUGUAAAUCAUGGUUUUGAAAGUUUUGGUUUGAUUUAUGGACAUGGCUUUUACUAUUUUCAGCUGAAAGUAACAAAAAUUGACAACAGUCUGCUGUCGUCUGAUGAGCGAAGGAAUGACAUUGUGAUCACUGCCACAUCCAUAGGGAAUCCUGCUUACUACCCAUAUGGUGAUGGAGGUGAAUCACAGGCAAAUGAGGCAUCUCAGAACCUAAUCUACCAUGUGCCAGAAAAUGGGAUUAUUGAGAUUGAGUUUCCGGUUCAAGUUAAUACAACAACACUGCAUGUUAAGGUAUGCUUUUUCUUUGUUUCCCCUUUCAAAAUAUGUAAAUACUUAAUCAGAAGAUGAAAAGAAUCUUAGUAUGGAAACUUGUUCUUAUGCCUACCUGAGUAUUCAAAGUGCUUCAGAUGCAUCUCAAUAUCCCUUACAACAGCCCUGCCUAGUAGGCCUAUGUUAUUAUUCUCCUUAAUAGGUGGCGAGUCUGACAGAUAGAUGUGAUAUCAGUACUAUGAAACUCCAUGCCAGGGGAGUUCUUCCAGGCUUAGGUUUACCCUGUUGAGAUUUUUAGGGAGUCAGUUAAAACAUACCUAUUCUGCUAGGCUUUUUGUGAAAACUGAGCAUAUUUAUUAUUAUUCCCUAUUUUAGCUAUUUAUUUUGAUAUGCCAGGACCUAUCCCUGAUGCAUCUCUUACCCUGCCUUUAUCAUCUGUUGGGAUGAGCAGUGCUGCAUCCUCAGUGUGCUCUCCCCACAAUGUCACUUAUGGUCCAAAGGGUUCACCUUUUGGUUGGACUGCCAACACCUCAGUUCACUGGAGAGGUUGCCUCAUUGACCUCUACUCACAAAGGCCAAACCCUGCAGGAUGCAGGAGGACAUUCAUUUCAAGUGUAUUAAUUUAUCCUUUUAGACUUCAUAGGAGGUGUGCCCACCAGUGGUUCAGGCAACUAUUAUGAACCAUAGUUAAGCUUUCUCUCCACUCAUAUGUGAACAAGAGGAAGAGAGUGAAAUUUUUCGCUUUCAUUUUUUGCUAAACUGUUAUUUCUCAUCACAAAAUUCUGGGAAUUAUAAUACCUCUAGUUAGUUAAAGCAAACCAGGAUGAAACUGUGGCUUGAUAUCCUGGGUUGUUAACUACCUAGAGUUAAGAUAAACAACAGUUCCUCAAAUUCAUAUGGGAUGAGAAACGGUGGUUUAGUGAAAAAUUAAAGCAGAAGCUUCACCACAACUUGUUAGCAAUCAUCCAACCUAGGGAGGUGCCUAAUUUGGCCUGUCAGGCCUCUGAAUUCUCUCCUAGUACUUUUCCUAGCUAUGUCCCUUCAUCUUUUUGUUCCUCCUCAAAUAGCCUGACCCAUUUUGCAAAACAGUGAGGUGACAAAGUAGAUGCUCUGUUCUUCUUUGCCAGCCUGAUUGGCUUCCUUACUGGAUAUAGAUAGAAGAUUCUUCCUCUGACAGUAUGGAGCCACUCUUCAGUCUAUCCAUGGCUAGGACAGUAGAGUAGACUGACUAAGCAGGUGCAGGGUGUUCUACUGCAUCCGUCCAAUUUAGCUGGCAAUGGAGAAAGAGAGAGUUUGUCUGUUCCAUCAUGGGUGUUUGCUAUGUUUCAUCUCUGGGCACAGAAACAUCUUCUGAGUGGAAAAAGAAAAUCAAAAGUUCUGUGAUGCUAAUGAUGUGAUGUGAGACUAAUUUGAGAUGAUAAUUUAAGAAAAUUGCUUCAGGAACUAUUGGAUUGUCCAUCUCUACCUUCUUUUUGCAUUCUGAUGGAGUGCAGCUUUUUCUUUUUUUCCACUUUAACCAUUAAAGGCAGAUUGAUAUCUUCAUUUAUUUAUGUAUGUUUCUUCAAUUAGGAGAGGCACUAAUUAUACAAUUUGUGAAACAUUAAUUGAACUUUAUCAUUUUCCUCACAAUGUGUUGAAUGUCCUGCCACCCGUUCUUUUUUUUUUUUUACAGGCCAAAUUUCUGGAGAGCGAAACUUCUAUAAUCAUAUAUGGUACAUUCUACUCUACCACUAUGACUUUUCUCCAGAUUAAAAAAGCAAGCCAGGAUGUAAAGGUAACUUCUGCUUUCCAAUAAUCGAUGAGCUUCAAAAUUCACUAAUAAUACACUACAUCAUGAUAGGCAAUUAGCAUGUUCAUUCAAGUUGUGUUAUUUUUCCCCCUAGGUUGGGACUCCAUUUGAGCUGAAUCUUCAAAGCAACAAGCCGAUGAAAGAGAUCAGUUAUAUGGUAUUUUAAAAAAUAUUUUAUAUGUAUUGUGUUGAAUUUUACCACAAACACGGGAAAGACAGCAUAGGCAAUAAGUAGGAUUUUGCUACUCAAAAAUAACUAUAAUUUCCAGAUAGGACUAUGAGCAAGCAUUUAAAAAUACCAAUUGUACAUACUUGUAUCAUUUGGGUAUGCUAAUCAGAGAGGUGAGACUGGUUGUAGCUUUCCUACUGAAUGUAAAUGUAUUGGUACACCUGUGUUUGCUGCAAUGUGUGGCAUACAAAAAUUGCCCAGACCUAUUCACGUGACACCUGUAUAGUUGUUAUUAUACUGUUAUGAGUUUGUGGGUGCUAGACCUCUAUUAUCCCCGGAUCCAGUGGGUGUUAGAAUUUAAUUAAGGCUUGGAGGUGUUAAAACUGGGUGCCGGACCUGUGUGUUUUAAGUUGUAUGCCAAACGCUUCUAAUCCCCUUGAAUCAACAAGUGUUGAAAGCCUGUUAAACUAAGCUAAACUUCAUGCAUUAAGUUAUUAAGCUGGGUAAUGGGCCUUUAAGAUAACAAAGCAUCAGAGGAACUUGGUGUGAGAUGGUAAGAGGGUGGGUCCCCUUUCCCUCAACUGAUAAUGCCAGAUCUUAGAGGGGUUAGAGCUAGGAGUUCUUGACCUGGAAGUAAAGCAGGUUGCAGGAGGGGCAGAGCAGUGUUUUGAGAGCACCAUGUUUGAUGUCUGUCUGGAUCCAAGACUGCAGCUAUGGAAGAAGGCUCUUGGGCUGCGAACUCCUCUGUCAUAGACUCAGGUUGUAUAUAUGUAUAAAAAGACUAUAUACCAUAAAGAAACCACAGUCUCCACUGUGCCUCAUUUCCAAAAGGAGACACAGACCUUGGAUAAGCGCUCCUGGAACCCUUGGAAUCUUGCACCGCUUGGAGAUUAGGCUGGUGUACAAGGUGCUUUUAUAAAUAACAGAUGUUGAAUUGUGAGAUGUGUGACAAUUUCAGCUAGAACUCAGCUGAUAGGAAAAUCAGUUAACUUUUCCCCCUCCUCAUAUAGGUGGUAUCUAAAGAACAAAUUGUGGCUGCGGGUAAAGUAAACGUUGCAGAAUUCUUUUUAACACCAGAGCAUUCUUGGGCUCCUACAGCAUGCAUAAUUGCCUACUAUGUGAGUGACGAUGGUGAAGUAAUUAGUGAUGAUCUCUGCAUUCCUGUUCAACUCGUCUUUAAAAAUCAGGUAAGUUUGUGUGCAUCGACUUCCUCUCACACAUAUGGUGUUCUGUUUUGUUUUGAGACUAUACACAAAAAGGGAAGCAUAAAUAAAUACAAGUCAAAUAAACAUAGUAUGUAACUGAAGCCCACACACUGAUAGGCAUUAGCAUAGAGUUAUGGUUUACAAACUAUUUCACUAGUUGGUCUUUUUAAUUGCUCAUUAACAUCUUUCAGAUUUUAAACUGGGUUUCCUGCAUUAGAGCCCAUUUAUAGACCUUGCUGUACCUACCAGCAAAGGAUGCUUAGGGUUAAAUGUAUUGGCUGCUGGUUCAAACAGCUUCACAGUGCAUGGCCUUAUGUCCAUGUUGUGCAAAAGAGUAUGCAUUCUAUACACUGCAUACGUUUAUUUACAUAUUUGCAUUUAAUUUAAAAGCCAUCCUAUAUGCUCUCUGGGUGGCAUAUAUGGUUAAACAGUAGCAUUAAAAAUCACAGUUACAUUAAAAUAAUUUAAAUAAAUACAGAUUAUUUUUACUUUGCUACAGUUGUUUGAUAUAAAAAUGGAAUAUGUUUGGCCCAAUUUGCUUAUCUGCCCCCCUCCCCAGCUUUCUACCUCCAGUCCCUUUUAGGUCAUGUGCUGUUCAUCUCUUCAAUCCUGCGUUGUGUUUCCUCUGUCUGCUACUUUGACUUGUUUUUUCUUCUGGCCUUUCCCCACUUUUAACCUUGCUUCAUUCUUCUUUCUCUGUCUUCUAAGGAUGGCUCCUGCAUCUUUGGGCCAAAAUAGAUAGGUUAUCAAGAGAUCCAUGACUGGAGAUAACACCAUGUUUUUUGUUUUUUAAUGAGGGGAUUCACACUCUCUCUCCAGCACUGUGGCUGUAACCUGAACUUCCCUCCCAUGGGUACAUUUCUUUAAAAAAUAUAUAUAGGAGUCAGCACCUGAAGUAAAAUAAUUGUUCAUUCUCCUUUAUCUACUGCAUAAUGUAAACUGAUAUGCUUCCCCCCACCCCCAGAUCAAUAUGUAUUGGAAUAAAAAUAGAGCUGGGCCUUCUGAGGAAGUCACUCUCAAGAUUAAUGUGACGGAACCAAAAACAACCAUUGGUCUUCUGGUUGUUGACAAAAGCACAAAGCUCCUGGGGAAAAGAAGUGAUAUCACAGAGGAUGCUGUAAGUUUCUGAAAGAAAAGAAAUGUUCGAAGUGUAUUUUAGAACUGUGUAGGAGCAGCUAUUAGAUUUGAUUGUGAGCUUUGCCAUUAUACUGUUAAAGUAAGCCUCCAUGAAGUGGGCCUAAGAAGCAAAGAAUGGGAAGAAUCCGUUUAUUCAGCUUGAGAGCAAGAAUAGUGGAGAAUUAUAUAAUCCUUUUGUGGGAAGUAGAAUGAGAGACACACAACAAUGCUGGUGCUUCCUUCUUCCUCCUGACCCCUAUCUACAGUUCUUGCCAACUUGCCAACUUUAUCCUUUAGUAUGUAGGGGAGGUUUUCAGGGAAGCUGAGCAUAUAAGUAACAUAUUAUUACAAGAGUGUUACUUCCCAACCUUCCUGAAGCUGUUGGAAGUUCCAGGAGUGGCCUUUUUAUAGUAUGGGAUGGCAAAAAGCAUUAGAGAAUAAAAGUUUGUACCGUUCUGGUUCCUGCACCUCAAAAAGUGGGAAAGGUGCUGGAAGGGGCACCUGAAAUGAUCAAGGGUCUAGAGCAACUUCCCCAUGAAGAAAGGUUGCAACAUUUUAGGCUUUUUAGUUUGGAAAUAUAGUGAAUAAAGUGGGAUAUGAUAGAGAUGUAUAAAAUUAUGCAUGGUGUAGAAAAAGUGAGAAACUAUUGACAAACCUGUGGUAAGUGGUAGACAUACAGGGGAAGUGAGAAAACAAUUUUAUUGAUUCCCAUAGUAUUUUUGCAAGGAUUUUGUUAACAAUUCUGUAUAUACUCAGUUUUAAAGUAUCAUAACAACUAAGUGGCAGAUAACUGUUUUUGUUGACUUUUAUUAUUUUUGUGUCUUAUAGCAUUUGCUUUGUUAUUCUUACAGAUAAGGUUCUUGCUAAGUAGAAUAUUCUUUGUUAAAACAAGAUCUAUGUGAUCAUGAUUAAUUGAAUUUAUUUUGGUUUCUCCUAUGAAAACUAAGUACUAUUACUAUUAUUUUAGGUUCAUCAUGAGCUAAGUUUAUAUAAUAGAGGACUUGAUUAUGGUGCAGCCAGAAGUUCAUAUGGUGUCUUUCAGGUACAGUUUUAAAAUGCAUAUGUACUUUUCCAUUGUUUUGAUGUAUUAAAGAAAAUAAAAGUUUAGUAAGGGUUACUCAGUAGGCAAGUCCAUUCAUUAGUGUGCUUGUGUUUUCAGAUGCAAUCGGAGAGAAGAAAACUCAGUCCUCUGUAGAUACUGACUUUCCUCAACACAAAGCUAGCUUUUAUUUUCUAAACUAAAAAUGUUGUUUAUUGAUGCAUGCUUUAAAAUAUGCUUAAAAGAAAUAAAAUAUAGGUUGACAAAAAUGGUUCAUAUGUUGCAUAUUUUUUAAAUUUAAAGUUAUUUUUAUAUAUUGUGUUUAGAAUUGCAAGCUCUGGGUAUCGACUGAUGCCAGCCUUCCAGAAGAUGAAAACUAUGAAGGCUGUAAGUAAAAGUCACAUCAAGUAUAAUUCAUGCAAUGUAUGUAGAACAUAAAACAAGUGUUCCUUUCUUUUGUUUAUUUCAAUUAAGCAAAUAAAUAUAUAUAUAUGGGAUGUGGGUGGUGCUGUGGGUUAAACCACAGAGCCUAGGACUUGCUGAUCAGCAGUUCAAAAGCACGUCAAGUGCAAGUAGAUAAAUAGGUACUGCUCCAGCGGGAAGGUAAACGGCGUUUCCGUGCGCUGCUCUCAUUCGCCAGAAGCGGCUUAGUCAUGCUGGCCACUUGACCCAGAAGCUGUACGCCGGCUCCCUCGGCCAAUAAAGCGAGAUGAGCGCAGCAACCCCAGAGUCGGCCACGACUGGACCUAAUGGUCAGGGGUCCCUUUACCUUUACACACACACACACACACACACACACACACACGUGUGUGUGUGUGUGUGUGUGUUGAAAAAGAGUGACACAAUUUAGGAUGCAGUGUAGAUUCUAAACACUGAAAUUAUAUGAAGAGAAUGUUACAGUAUUCUCUCUCCCCCCCAGUUAUGGAUUAUAGCUCAGCUUUAGACUUUCAGCAUCAUCUGGAGCCCGCAAGAGAGUCUGUUGGUUUUGAAAAUCCCCAUAUAAGGACAAAUUUCCCAGAGACAUGGAUUUGGCGUGAAAUCACAACAAGGUAAACAGAAAGUGUUUUCUUUACAUAUAAAUUCUUAUUUGAGAACAAUUAAUGUAAUGUAUUACCAGCGGAAGGAACUUCUCUGUAGCUUUUAAUACUUCUGUUGAAGAGUUUCCCAUCAAAUGGGCAUCUUUGCCGAGCACCAAUAUGCAGGACAGCCCAUUCUUGAAGAAUGUUAUAAACAAUGUUUUCUAGAGUUACAAAUAAGGAAAAGGGCAAAAUACUCUUAGAAGCUGGUUCAUACUUGAGUGACAAACACCAUAAAGUUUAACAGCAACAAGCAUUUAUUUAUAUGCCACCCAUCUGACUGGGUUUCCCCAGCCACUUUGGGCAGCUUCCAACAAAUUAAAACAUCAAGCACAGUGUAAAGCAGAAGUGCAUAUUUGUAGCAAGUAGUGGGCAUAUGUCAGGGGUAUGCUGCCAAUCUUGGAUCCUUUAGCAUGUGUCCUUUCUGCUCCAUGCUUAUGAACAUAUAUUUUUGCUUACCGCUUCAAAGUGUCUUCCACUCCAAAACACCAAUAUGUAUGUGGCAGGCACCCUUGUCUCAUAAAUAUAAAUAGAACCAUGGCCCUUAUGUAGAAACUGCAUAGCCUUCAUUUGUACCUUUGCAAAUCUUUCCUCAAACCGUUAACUUGAUUUAGCAAAUCAUUCAUUACUCCACCAGGAAAGUCAGCCUAGAUUUACUGACCAUUGUUGAUGUUUAUCCUUCUGAAAUUAUAUUUCUGCUUUCUUUUCAUUUUUAGAUCGACUGAAACAACACUGAAUGUCACUGUUCCUGAUACCAUUACUACCUGGGUAGCUAGUGCAUUUAUAAUAUCUGAAAACCUUGGACUGGGUGUGAUGAAAACGCCUAUUGAGGUAACAGAAAUUCAAGUGCAAAUACACCUCACCCCUCUGUAGAACCCUGAGCAUAGAGGUGUGAUUUCAUCUGCCAACAAUGCUAUGUCCAUGUGGUGGUGAGAAGAUGCAGCUCAGAAACUGAGGGCAUUCCAAAGGUGAAGGGCAUCUUUUUCAGAUAUUUGGUGCCUUAAACUUUAACAUUGCCUCAGCUGCCAUUUAAACCACAGGGAUGAGGAAAGCUGUGGAGGAGAACAGAGCAAGAGAAGAGAAUUAGCAGCAGGAAAAGGGCUAGAAGAGCCUUAUUGUUCUAGAGAGAAUAAGCCCAGUGGCAAGUUGGGUUUGUAGCCUAUCCUUGCCUCCCAAGAAAAGCUUUCUGAGGAAACAGGAAAGAUCCGGCGAAGGAAAAGACUGCAGGAAAUAGUUAGGCACUAGAGGGCACUCUAAUCUAAGAAAAAUAAUAAUAGGGUUAGGAUGAGUUGAAAGCAUCACUAUAAAAACAGACUUCAAAAUAAAUACAACCUUUUGCUACUUUAGUGAUGUGUCCUAUUCCCUAAAUAAUAUGGGAUACCUCAGAACCCUAACUCCGUAAUAGUGACAGAAGACAGCUGUUGGCUUGUGCUCUCAGGGCAGCAGAAGCAGUGGAAUGGCACUCAAACAUUGGCAUGUAGUUUGGCCCAAAAGCAGUUCUGCUUAAUGCAUUUACUAGAUAAGGAGUUGGGAAGCAUUAUUAGGACUGCGCGCCUAUAUCUACUCUGAGAAAAAGUCCCAUUAAACUUGCUUUUGUGUAAGGCUUUGUAGGAUUGCACCAUAAAGAUGAAUGAGCAGAAAUGGCCAGUUUCUUCAACCUGGGUGUAUUGAUCUUCCUUAGUCAGGCUACAGGCUGAACCUUUUGCAAACCCUCACAUUACUACUGCCACCCCCCUCUAAAAGAGCUAGUGAGGUUUCAGGUCCCUGGCAAAAGAAUCCACCAGGCACACUAGUGCAAAAUUAGGGGAAAUCUAGGAAGCUUCAAUGAUAAGGGGUAUGCCAGCCAACUUGGAGGGAAGUCAGAGACCAAUGCUGCCAUUUUGUCUUGCUAGUGUUGCUCUUGGCCUUCCUACCAGCUUGAUGACCCCCCCCUCAAAAAAAAGACUCAGUAAGAAAGCAUUGCAGAGGCAUCCCAGGCCUACUGUUAUCUUUUUGAGGAUCUUCCCUGUGCAGAAGUGGUGAUCAUGCUUCUGACUUGGCAAGUGCUGGUUUGGGAGAGAGUCAUUGGUGAGCCCACAAAUGUAUUGCAUGCCCAGGUACAGGGAGCCUGUGCCUGGCCAGGGCCCAGAGAAUGAUGACAAAUAAAGAGACAGGACAAAGUAUUGGGUUCAAACAGACCACAACUUUAUUGAUUACAGAUGUAUGUAGCCUUUGGUGUAGGCCGUGGGUAUGUACCCUGAAUCAGCCAGCCCGACUGUAGGUAGAAUAAUGGUUGGGUUGGCCCUGGGUUAAGGGUUGCUCUAUGAUAUACAUCAGUUGCAGGAAGUCAUACCAGGACUGCCAUCUCGGCAUCUGGACAGAAGCAACCCCUCUUGGAUCCCUUUAACAGGGUACCCUAUUUUUUUAUAGAAGGGGACUGACUCCCAAGCCCUGCCUCCCACCAAGACUAAGGAUCCAACCCAAUGCCAUAUCUGCCAACACGUUCUGUCAGUUUUCUAGCUGUUGUUGGACUCUGAUCUCUCUCAGCCCCAGAUAGCAUGCCCAGUGGUUAGGGAGGAUGGGAGGUGUAGUCUCAUCGACAUCUGGAGGACCAAAGGUUCCCUCGCCCUGUUUUAGGAUAAGAUAGUACAGUGGCACCUCGGUUUUUGAAUGUAAUCCAUUCUGGAAGACCAUUCAAGUUCCGAAACGUUCGAAAAAUGAAAACUCAAAACAGAAGCCUCAAAACAGAAAUCUCAGUAUGGAAAGCUCAAUACGGAAGCCACGUUUCCGGUUCGACUUCAGAGGCACGUUCGAGCUUACAGCAUUCGAGUUCCAAAACGUUCAUCAACGGAGACGUUUGAAAACCGAAGUACCACUGUAUAUAAGUUUAUUUUUUCUUCUAAAAAAAAUUACAUAAAAAUAUACUCAUUAGUGAACCUCUUGAACAAUAUUCAGUAUCAAAUCUGAUAUUAUAAUCAAACAAGAAGAGUGGUUGAGGUUUGGGGUCCAGGCUUCCAUCUGGCAGUUAUAUAUGAAAACAAAACAUUUGAUUAUGAGAAUACCUCAUUCAUGGAUUUGGAUCUGGAUAUUAACUUUUAUUUCAAGCUCAUUUGAGAUUAAGGUCAAUAUUCCUUUUUCCUCUGAAUGUAGUUUGGCAGAGACUGAUCAGUCCUGGUGAUUUCUGACUAUGAAAGUGCACGCUUGGCUGAACGUGCCAACCGUUGAGUAGUCUUUAAUGAAUCCAUAGCCAAGAUUCCACUUCACUUCUCACAAUGACUUAAUUUCCCUCCUGUACAUUGUUGGAUUGCUCGGUGUCUAUUUAAAGUUCCAUAUGGUGAAAACAUGUUAUACAUUGACACAUGCAAAUAAUAUUUUUACAAAAACAUAUAACUGAGCACAGGUUUUAUAGAUACAGUGUUAAUAAGCUUACAGGGUUUAGGAAUGAGCCUUAUCUGGUAUUAAUUAAAAUCUGUGAUGGGUAUAAUUUCCUAGUGGGUGCUCCUUGCAAGCACAACAUAAUUCACAAGUGUGAAUUGAGAACUUUGUGUACAGUGAGUUUUUCUUCUUUUUCUGAGCAUCAGUUUCACCCACCCUCUGCCUCACUCUACUGACCAUAUCACAGUCUAUUUUGGAAUAUAUUGACCGGUGGGACUGCUGCCUGAAAAUAUGGGGAAAAGCCAUUCUUUAUUCAUGCUAUCCCUUACACAUGUGCAGAGAGCCCCAGUGGAUUACAGGGUGGCCAACUUUUAUUUUCAAAAUAUUAGUGAUAUGGGGGUAGAGAUGGAGUGAAGUUGGGCAGAAACUGGUAUAUCAGCUUUGGAGCCUGGAAUAAUCUGGGUGGGGUGGACUUUGGCAGGAUUUGGAGCUCAGUGCCUUUGGAUGCUAGUAUUUAUUGCCUGAUAUAACAUAGCUCUUCUGGUCUGGCUAAUCAAAUAAUAUCUGGUUGGCAACCCUACUUGCAUCACAACAGCUACAGUCUUUAACCUACUUUAAUCAAAAUAUGCUCAGUAAAUAUAUUUUGCUCUUGAACCAGCACCUAAAGUUAUUCUAAUAUAGGCAACAGUAAAUUCUUUUUUAAGUGUAGGAAACAUGCCCCAAGAACUAUCUCAUACUGUAGCUAUGCAAGGUUCAGGGGCUAAAUGCUGUCCUGGGCAUAUAAGAGUGCCAUAGUUGUGAAAGAGACGCAUCUUUGUAUGUGUGCGAGUUGAGAGAUGGGGCAGCUGUGUUUUGGAGCCCCAUAUUCAAUCUGUGCAGCUAUAUGUCAGCUUCUAGCAUGCCGGCUGAGGUACUUCAAGAAGUGCACGACCUACAAAAUUUGCUAUGUGAAAGUUGCACCCCCCCAUUUCUUAGCAUACUGAUGUUUGUUUUUAGUCAAUUAAAUUCUAACUGGCCAAUGGUCAAGGUCUGUUGUGAAAAGUUCUAAUCAAAAACCAUCUGCAUUUAAAUUGUAUUCUGCUGAACAACUAACCUAUACACCACAAGGGUUCACUGUUGUAUAACUUUUUAUAUUUUUCAGUUAGAAGUCUUCCAGCCCUUUUUUGUUUCCUUAAACCUUCCUCCUAGUGUUACAAGAGGAGAAGAGAUUGUUUUGGAAGUAAACCUCUUUAAUUAUUUGAAAGAAGGCACUGAGGUAAACAUUCAUUCAUUUGUUCAUUUUCUAAUAUUAGGUGGAAUCCAAUGGUGUCUGUACGUGAGCAGAAUGGCCUUCUCACACAACAAUUCACAUUUGUUCUCUGCACCCUUGCCUGCAUGCACCCAACCCUCUGGAGCAAAUUUGGGUGUGUGUAGGGAGUGUAAGGUGAGGAGAGCAAGAGGAAGUCCUGUUGUGUGAGAGGAAGUCCAUGCACACAAUUUUAGAUUUUGCCCAUGAUGUCUUGUAGUUGCCUUAUCUUUGCUGUUGCCAGCUCUUAGUUAACCUUUGCUGGGGUAGUUCAUGGUCUUGCUGGAGCAUGGAUUCAGAGAUAGACUGUUUAAGUCUAUCGGUUACUGACCCUAGGGGGUGGGGUGGGGAGUCAUUUUGCAAUCGGAUUUUGUCGGGUUUUUUUAUUUGGCUUAGGCUGUGAUCCUACGCAGAUGUUCUAAUGAGUAAGCUACCUUGAACACAGUAAGAAUUGCAGCUGAGUAAACAUGCAUAGAAUCAUGCUGUAUGGAUGGGCUUGGACAGAAGCGCAGAUUGAAUUUUGAUGCCAAUUGGACUGUUUUUGGUACAAUACAGAACGUUAUAGCUAAGUGUGGCUUUGCCUUAGCAGAAAAUGCCUCCAUUUGCACAAGUUUCACAUGUUGUUUUGCUUUUGACAUUUACUCUGCACUUUCUUCUUUUCUCUGUCCUAUCUCCUGGUGUCAUAUUUGUCUCACUUUCCAUUCUCCUAGUUCCCAGUUGCCCACCCCCUUCUUUCUUGUUUGUGUUUUCUUGAGUGUUGCUGGGUACUCUAAGGUUGAUGUAUCCUGGCGGGCCCACCCACGUUAUAAUUGGUAGUAGUCACAUCCAUGUGAAAUCCUUUCUGUGCCUCCUGGUAAAUGUCACAUUAAAUGUCUUUUCUAGUAGCACAAAAUAUAUGUUAAUUAACCACUUUUUUUAUAGGUUACGGUGACCCUUGAUACAAGUGACACCUUUGAAAUCCUUAUUGUUUCUAAUGAUAUAAAUGCCAUGGGAAACCAGCGAUCAGUAUGGGUACCAAGUGAAGCUGCAAAGACUGUUAUUUUUCCAAUCAAGCCAAAGCAAAUUGGAGAGAUUCCCAUCAGAGUGACGGCAAUAUCUCCCAUUGCUUCUGAUGCUCUUUUACAGAAAGUAUUAGUGAAGGUAAUUUAAAUCAUUAAUUACACAAGCUGUUUGUCGGAUGGAUGAACCACUUUUAAAAGUUGCACACAGUUGAUAAUUAGUUUUAAGUAUUUACGGGAAGUUUCUAAAGGGAGUGAUGAUCUGAGUGUUGUAAGAACCCAAUUUGUGCUUAACUCUGGAGCUGUGUCUAGGUUCUGCAUAGAACACAGAAGAAACAUGGUCUCUAUGCGGACAGGACAAAACUGAAGUGGGAAGACAGAAUCUGAUGAAAGGAUUAGCAAUAUUGAGAAGGAUAAACUUAUUACUACAGGAAAAUAAUGAUUCUAACAAAUCUCAUGUUGAAGGUUACAUAAUUAAUAUCUCAGCCAUAACACAUUUGCUGUGAAAUAAGUUUCCUUGGUUUUUGAGGAAAUUACAUUAAUGGAGCACUGCUUAGUACUGAUAUAUCUAAAACCGGUGAUAGUCAGUGUUUGCAUUUGAGCAUAGCUUGAGAUGGAAGAAUCUGUCAAUUUUAGAUUCUCUCUGUUCCUCAUUUUUCCAAUAUUAAGUUCCCUUCUCGGCAUGGUUAAGCAAUAUGUCUCAACCAGGCCACUCACACCGCAGCUUCAGGUCUGCUGUUCACUUCCAGACCAUGAGACUUAAAGCACUUAUUUCUGCACAUAAAGGUAUAAUACACAAAUACUAGAACUGUUUUGUAAAGUACGUGGCGCAUUAAUUUAGUAGAUCAUUGUUUAUGAAGUCAGGCAUGUUUAUACAGUAUCUGAACUGGCCCUUAAGGUAUAUUUGGGUUCCACAUGAACCAAGACUAACAUGGAAGUUGUGCACCACUUACAAACUACAGUGUUAAGCAGUAUGUAAUUGCAAAUUGUUGAAAUAAAAAUGUGAAGAAGCUUUAUGGUUGUUUUCUGCACAAAAAUAGGCUUAAAUUGUGCUCAUUGAAAACCUUCGCAUUAAGCUAUUAAUUAUUAGGAAGACCCAACUCUGUUGCAGAAAACUUCAUGGCAGAAAUUUAUUAGUCUUGAAAAGAGUUUAUAUAUUGUCAUAAGAUGCAAUUUUGAUAACUUGUUAUUCAAAAUUAAUACUGCACAUCAGCUCUUGUGAAGCAAAAAUCCAUGAGGAUAUGCAUUGUUACAUUUUUGCUUCAUUUCCCAAUAUCAGCACUGCCAAUGCAAUCCUAUACAAAUGUCUACUCAGACAUUAUUUCCAUUGAGUUCAGCGGUGCUUAAUCCCAGCUAAGUCGAUACAGGAUUGCACUCUGAGAUCUGUAGAGGUCCGUGAUAUUGGGAGAAGUGCACAAAGAACUACCAUACCUAAUAACUUUUGGACAUGCAUCUAGUCUUUGUUUAUUUUUUCACAGGCUGAGGGAUUAGAACAGUCUCACUCAGAGACAGUUCUUUUGGACCUGUCCAAAAGAAUAGGAUUUGAAACGAAAAGACUGAACUUCACUUUUCCCUCUGAUGUAGUACCUGGCAGCGAAAGAGUGCAAGUCACAGUUAUUGGUAAGCAUUUCACUCCUCUUACAUUGUUUCAUUUUGAUGCCUGCUGGCAAAUAAAAAGUAAAUAUGAAACUGAAAUAUCAGUAAGAGUGUGCUCUAAUUGAUUGCUGAAUUAUUCAGCAUGCAAGUUAUUUUGUUACUGGUAUGGUAUCAUGACUGGUUUUGAAUAGAUAAAUUAUCCCUUGCCUGUGAGAAUAGGUGGAAGUGUUCCAUGUCAGUGAAAAGGAAAUGCUGUGCAGGCUAUUUCUCAUAUAACCCAUUAAUUUCAUCCUCCUUUUUUAUUGUUAACAUACAGUGUUGAAAACUAAGAUAUGAAAGCUAGGAGCUAAAUGGCACCUUAAAGCUAGGUUAUGGGCGCAACAACGGAAUGUCUAGGCACGCUUUUUUAUAACAAUAAUACAAAGCUGAAAAUGAAUGAACUGCAGCUAAAAUAUUAUUUUCAUUUUUCACAUGUUCUAAUCCUUUCCCUGCCCAUCACCCUAAUAUUCUUAACAGGGUCUCUUGUCCAGUCUUCAGAGAGUAUCUGGAAGUGGGGAGCCAGAAAAAAGUCCUCCUUUCCUUCCACAUUGCAGCUCAGAAACAGCUUGGGCUAAUGAAAUUCCCUGUCGCAAAAUGUGCCUAGAACAAUGGAAGUUUCAAACACUGCUAACAUACUAGCAUAGCUCUGUAGAGUAUUGUAUACCUGCUGGACAUUUCUGGGUUUUUUGUUGUUGUUGGUCUUCAGUUUUAUAUGUUAUUACCAUCAAAUUUUAAAAAGACAUUGAUUUAUUAUAUUUUGUUUUAUGUUGAGCUCCUAGUGGUCUCAUAUCCAGGAGAUUAAUCAGGUCUGCACUUGGUGAAUUUCAGCAAUGCUGCAGCCUCAGAUACUCUUGGCCCAUUCCCUAGACUCACAUUAUCAGCAGAAGUGAUAAAGUGUACUGCAUAUGUAUGAUAAUUUCAGUUAUUGUGUGUCUGCUUCAUUGAAGUGCAUGAGUAUAUUAGGGUAUCCUUUAGAAGUGAUGCAAAGAAAACUCGCAAAGUGAUUAACUCAACCUUCCACAUUUUUCUACUGGCGUUUCCGUUACGUUGUCUUGUGAACUGUAUCUUUCAGGAGACAUCCUCGGCCCCUCUAUCAGCGGUUUGGACUCACUGAUCAAGAUGCCUUAUGGCUGUGGGGAACAGAAUAUGAUCAAUUUUGCACCCAAUAUUUAUGUUCUGGACUAUCUGGCCAAAGCAGGAGACCUGAAGCCCAGACUUAAAUCAAAAGCCAUGUCAUAUAUGAGAGAAGGUAAGAAUCUGUUUUUGGAGAAGAGCCUGCCAUUUAUUGUGGGUUUCUAUUAAGGUUUGAGGGGAGAAAUCAUUCCUCCUGCAUGGAUUGCUUUCCCUUUUCCCUAUACACGCCUCAGAUGUGUGAUGGAUAGAUAGAGGGGCAGAAUGGGCAGAAAAUUGCAAACACUGAGACAAUUUUGUGAGCCCUGAAAGCUUGCCAGUGGCAGCUGUCACAAUAAGAAAUGACCAGGACUGUACACCUCCUGUAAUGUGUGUAACAAGGUAAUUCAAAUUCUACAUUGCCCACAGACAUGGUUUAAGUAUAGUUUUGCAAUAAACUCAGUUUAACUGUACCUUCGGAAUCCUAAUACAACUGGAAACAUAAAAAGAUAAAAAAUCUGAAGAAGCUAGUUUUCUCACCCAAAACCAUAUUAUCUGUUUCUUCUUUACUUAAGUAGAGUUGCGACAUACACAGUCCUGACUUCCAAACUGCUCUUGCACCACACAGGUUGCAUCCUUUUUGAACACAAUUGGGCAGAUUUAAUCUUCAGUGUAGGACUGUUGACUUUGGUACUGUCAUGUUACAACUAAAUUUGGACUUGCAUCCCAGAUCAGUCUCCCACAAAGAAGGAACAAAGGCCACCGACAACAGAAACGGUUUUGUUUGCUUUGCUGAACUCCAUGGGUUGUAUUUGGCCUGACAACUGGACUUUGGCCACCCUAAAGUUACACAGUUAGUUUCAAAAAUAAUGAACAUCUGUUUUUUAAGCAACUUCUUUGAAGUUUGCAAGCAAUCUGUCACUCCCUGUAGAUUGAUUUAUACUAUCAUAAUGUUUUUAACUUCUCCAAACAUUAGUUUCAUUAAAGCUAUUUUUAAAUGAGUCAUAACUGUAUUGUUAAAUUUGUCAUUCAGUGAUACACUGUUUAACUUAAAUCAUGCUUGGCUUUGGGAUUUACAAUGUUUCUUUGCAGUCUUUUGCAGCCAGAAUAAAAGCUAUCAUGGAAUAGCUUUGAUUUUAAAAUAGAAAAAUACUUCUCUCCAUCUCGUUUUGUUUUGUUUUGUUUUGUACAGUUGCUUCUUAUGGUCCUUUUGGAAAGGCUUAUAUUUAUACAUAUUCUUUUAUACAUCGUGAUCAUAGUCUACCCAGUGUAGCAUAAAAUAAACUUUAUAUCAUAUGUUUGAAUUCCUUUAAAAAUGUUUUUCUAUACUUUGCUUGAUGAUUAUGAAUAGCUUUUUGUUAUGCUACACUGUCAAUAAAAAUCAUCCAGUACACCACCUUUUUAACAUUUCUAAGUUGGAACGUCUUUGAAAACAGUAUACAGUGUUCCUUUCUAAAGCUCGCCUAAAAGUUCAAUCCUACACACUUUUGCACUGAAGUAACUCCCACUGUAUUGGAAGGUGUUUGCACCCUAAUGAGUGUGUUUGGGAUUGCAGUUCAUGCUACAGUUUCUCACCCAUACUCGUAAAUGACUCAGUGGCCAUUUCAUGCAUUACAUUUGUAAGGUGUGCUUUUUAUUUAUGGAAAUAACUGCUCUAAAAAGGUGAAAUGUCAACGCAACAGAGACAGGUAUUGUAUAGGGACACUCAUCAGGAAAUAGUGAUUGGCAGUAGAUUAUAAUUUUUUUUGGUGUAUGUUCGUUGACUAACCCAGGUUUGCUUCUUUCUGUCUAAACUGUGAAAUGUCUCUGGUGUGUCCUCUGUAGUUUAUAAUAAUUGCUUCUUGACUGUCCAGUGGAUCCAUUGGUUCUCACUUUUCUUUUGGUAGGGUCAUAGCAUGUAACAUGUGCUCAUGACACAAAAGUAGUCCCAUUAAGGUAAACUUGUGUUUUUCCUACAUAGGAGAUUAUCUCUAGCCAAGUUGAUUGUAAAAUAUGAAGUGACUCUAAAUUACUGAUUUACACACAUUGAGAUUAUGCGUUGUAUUCAACUAAGUUUUACUCUAGAGCAGACCCACCACUUAAAAUUAAUGAACACAACUAAGUUGGGUCCAUUAAUUUCAGUGGGUCUGCUUUGAAUAAAACACAGUUGAAUACCACCUUGUGGUUUUAUUCUAACAGCCGAGUUAUUCCUAAAGGCUAAUUCAUUUGGUCAUUUGAUCACUUCAUACAAGUAUUUUUUUAAACACAUUUUGAGAUAUGAGUUCCUGCCAGGUGGUGUUUAUAUGGGUUGGUGGUUUCAGUCUGUAAAUUGUAGGGAUUGACUCUAAUCAAAAGGCAUUACAAACAUCUUAGCUUUAGUGCACAAACAUGGUUCUCUUUUGGCCAGUUUGUUUUACAUCUCUGUGUGUGUGUGUUUGGGGAAGUAUAAUGGUGGUAAUAUGUCGUAUGGAUGAUGUAGUUUAAAGUGCAAACUAGGAGAGAUUAUGCUUCCAAGCCCAGCCCUCUGAUUUUAUUAUUUUCCUGCUGUUUGUUAAAGGGGUGCUAAGUGAAUUGCACCCUUUAUCUGGGUUGAUUGAUUUUAAUUUUCCUAAAUGUUUCCACCUCUGUCUCACUUCCAGAAAUGCACUGGGUUGGCUCACCAGGUGUGUUUUAUGCCAGACCAAUCUCCCUGCCCCCUCACCCCUCUCUCUCCUGGUACACGACAGUGAUCCCCACCCGCCAAUUAGAUAGUGCAGCUGCUCUGUUCUACUUGGCAAGCUUCUGCCCACUUCUUUCUUCUGCUGAUUUUUCACUUUCAGAUUGGGAGCAGAGCUAGCAUAAUAUAUAUGGGAUUAAAAAACAAAACAAAAUCCAAGACUUAAAGAAUACUCAGGAGAGAUAGAUAUAUGGGACUAUCAUGGUUCAGAUAACAUGGGUUCUGUUAGUAAGAUUACACAAGUCAUUCACUUUAUCUGCUCCCAUGCACGCUGAAGAGUAAAAUGUGAGUGCGAUUCCCUGAAUACAGUUUUAAACUAGAAAAGUAUAUUUCACAUUUCACUUUAUCACAUAAGGUCCCUGGGUAAGCGCUUCUCAGAAUCAGUUUAUUAGCAGUGGGAAAAAUAAUUGGGCUUCAUGAUGAAGGAGUUAAGUACUUUGCCCCUGAAGCUUGCUAGCUGACCUUUGGCCAGUUGCCUUCUCUCAGUCUGACCUACCUCACAGGAGUGUUGUGAGGAUAAAAUGGCAGGUGGAGUGGAAUAUAAAUGUAAUAAAAAACAUAAAUCAGUAUUUGAAUUCUUUCUGUAUAAUAUUCCAAUUCAGCCUCCCAUUACAUUACGUACAUCAAUUAGUGCAUCAGCUUUUUGAUUAUCUGAGACUGUAAACCCGCUGUAAUAAGGAAUUUCUCAUAGAUCUUGCUUUUUAUAAGACUACUUUGUAGUUGAGAUGCAUUAUUCAACCAAGCAUGAGUAGCAGUUUGGUUCCUAUAAGGUUUAGCAAUUAGUCUGCAGUGGAUGCCUAGCUGGGAGGUGAUAAACCUAUUGAAUAAACUUAGCCCAACUGUCAUACGAUGCUGUUCUCAUCUUUCAUUUCUCCAGGAUACCAAAGAGAGCUUCUGUAUCAAAGAGAUGAUGGUUCUUUCAGUGCUUUUGGAAACAAAGACAACUCUGGCAGCACGUGGUAAGUGUUCAGUAAACAACGUGCAUCUUUAAUAGUCUUGAAGUUAGCAAGAUGCAUCAAUUAUGUUUUGGUACAGCAACCAACUGCCAAAACCAGAGUCAUGUACUAGUCUUAAGUUAUUAUAAUUCUUAGAGCUGGAUGUGUACACCCGUGACUCACAUCCUAGGUCCUCAUAUGCAGUUCUUGCAUAUUACCCAGAAAAUGUAUAAAAUGUAGUUGAUGUCUGCAGAUUCCCCAAGGAUGAAGAUUACAAGUUUUAGUAGCUGCACAGCAAGUACUAGGCAUAAAAUGCACAUACAAAGUCACUAAGGCAAAUGGGAAUGGCUGCACCUACAGGCUAGUAUAGCUUUUCUUCUCCCAACACCAGGCCAUGUUGAUGCUAAGUUUGCUGCUGCUGUAUUUGCAGCUAGAUCAUUCAUCUGCCUUCCCAUCUUUCACCUAGGGGCAUUUGCAGGUGUUUGCAUGCAAUACCGCUGCUCCUUUGACAAUCUGAUUGUUGUUGGUGGCAAGGGGAAAAAAUAGAGAAUUUCUGGAUGCCAAGUUCUUGUUUUGGGUCAAGUAAUCUUUGGUGAGAGAACCCCACUAGAGAUUUAAAAUUAUGCAGCAAAGUAAAGCAUAGGAAUAUAGGCUUUUAGACCUUUAAAAUAUGCUCUGUUGAGUUCCUUCCAAAGUCCCCCUGUUCCCCUAGCAUAGAAAAAGACCACAUGUUUGGUAAGAUAGAAAUACUUUACUUACAAACUCUCCAAAAGUCAGAUUCAUGUGCUUUUCCUUAGUUAGAAAACACAAGCAGUAAUUGCCUUAGCUACAGUGGUGAAAGUUCCUAAAUUAUAGAGAUAGGAACACAAGAAAGGCUUGUUAGAGCCAUGCAAUGUUAGCUGCAGCAGCCAGUUCAGACAUCACACGUUGAGCUUCUAAGGUAGACAGUGGGACAAAAAUAGGCUUGAUUACCUUCCUCCUGAGGUGAAGGGAAGUGACAUAGCUAAGCCUGGCAGAACAGCUUACUCUGUGGCAUCAACUCCUUCAUGCAUUAAUUAGAGUUAUAUGAAGCUGGUUAUCCCUCAAAUGUGUGGGUCUGGGUGAGUGUCGUGGGUCACUAAAUAAUUUCAGGAGAGGGGUGGAAAGUGAAUGAUCUGGCUUUAAAGGUUGGAAUGCUUGGUUGCCAUCUGCUACGAACUCUUGGAGGAUGAAGCAAUUGUUCUGACUUCACACUGUAGUUCUUGCAUUGUAAUUUGGCAUAUCCGUGCUCUCUCAAUAGAAAAAGCUGGUGGCUAUUUCCAAGUAUUUCUUUUUAAGAGCUGCUUUGCAUGUUUCACACUUGAGAAUUUUUUCAUAAUGUUGUAGAAUAUGCCCUAAAUACUUUUAUUUAUUUAUCUGCACUCAGAGUUUGCAUUUCCACUGAAGAGCACAGAGGAGCUUACAUAUGGUUCCCAUAUGGCCUCCUGUUCAGACAGUUUACAAGGCCAGACAUGUUCAUGAAAAUAUGUAAUAAACAAAUUGUACCAAUUGUAUGCAAUUAGCACAUGCAAGGCUUGUUUUAAGCCUUCCAGUGCAUAUAUUUGUGAUAUUUUCUUAAACACAUUGUGCAAGUUAAAUUAAAGAAUGGGAUCUGUGGAAGUGUUUAAUUCCUACAUAUUUAUUCUUCACUUCUCCCUAGGCUAUCGGCUUUUGUGUUAAGGAGUUUUAUUCAAGCUCAGCCAUUCAUAGAUAUUGAUUCAUCUAUCCUGGAGACAACAGCUGCUUGGAUUGUUAGACAUCAGAAGCACAAUGGGGAAUUCCAGGAGCCUGGGAGAGUGCUGCAUACUGAACUGCAAGGAGGAACUAACAGCUCUGUCUCUCUUACUGCUUAUAUUAUGACUGCACUAUUAGAGUACCAAACAGAUAAGGUAGUUAUAACCAUAGAAGCCAACUCCUAGGAGCUGAGGUUCCUUUGGCGCCCCUAAUAAAAUAUUUGAAGGGGCCAAGCCUCCCCAAAGUUGACGGGUGUUGGUGAAUGUGUCCAUCAGACCAAAAAAGGUUGGUCAGUCCUGAUUAAAGGAACAGCUAGACAAAGGGCUUAUCCACACUUACCUUUCCUUUGCUCUUUCCAGGCAACGGUUCGCAAUAGCUCUGAGAUUGAGCACCUCCUUUUUGUGUUCUGGAGCUUUCCCUGAGAAACCUGCUCUUUGAAGCUGAAUUGGAGCAAGUGUUAAUCUGCAGAAAACCUGAAUUGAUGUUGCUCUAAUUAAGCUUUAAAGAGGAGGCUUUUGUUGAGAAACCCCACUUGGAGGCAAAAGGUAAGUGUGGAUAAAUCCAAACUCUGUCCAACUUGGGCUUGCAUGUUAAGAAAGAUCUAUUUUAUUUCUGUUAGCCCAGGAAUGGGUUUCUCUUCAUUUUUAUUUUCAUUUAUCUUCAAAAUGCAAUUUGUAUUUCCCCUUUCAUUGCAUAUUUUCUGUUGUGUGUUUUGCAUGAUCAAGGAGCUAUACAAGGCACUGAAAUCUCCCCAUCUCCACUAAGCAUCAUCUGGAUCCUGAGAUUUCAGCAGGUCUUGCCCACACCCUUUCAAGCAUCUUUUCAGCCAUAAAGGCUAGAAACUUGCUGUUUUUAAAAAGAAAGCUAAGAUUCUCAGGCCGCUGGAUUAUGUGAUCAAGCCAACAUUCUGUUUUUUUGUGGAAUUACAGCAUACGCACAACCCUGACAUUAAUGUAUGAAGAUUGCAAUUUAGCAUUUGCUUGGUUAAAGGGAGUUCAUAGCUUAUUUCAUAUCUUUCUUUCUGCAGUAUGAUUAUGCUAUAAGAAAAGCAUUGGACUUUCUGGAAUUUAAAUUAAGUGAAGGCAUAUCAGAUAAUCAUACGCUUGCCCUUGUGACUUAUGCUUUAUCGCUGGCAAAGAGUGUGGAAGCAAAGCAAGCUCUGGACCUACUGAAUGAGAGAUCAGAACAUCAAGGUAGUGUAAGACAGCUGAAUUUACAAUUGCGGAUGGUACAACCAUUAUGGUAGUACAGGGUUCUCAUACUUUCUAGCCCCAGGAUCCAUGUGACAUAACUGAGGUCCACCAGUCACAAAAUGGUGGUGCAGGGGCCAAACCAGUCACAAAAUGGUGGCAGAUGGAAGCAGAAUUUGGCAUGGGUAUUUUUUCCUCACUUUUUAAUUUCCUUCAACAGAUUCUCUUCCUCUUUCCCGUCAGAGGAGGGAAAUCCCCCUUCCCUUACCCCAAACAUGUCUAUCUUCCAGCCAUGGCACUUAUUGUGGGGUGAGGCAGGCAAGUGAGGAGGCACUGGCCAGGCUGAGGCCCACCUGAAAGUGGCUUGUGUUCCACUGGUGGAUCCCAACCCACUGUCGGAGAAACGCUGUGUUAGUAUAAAGAAAGUGUAAAUCAAACCUAUAGAACCUGAGAUACAGCAUUAUUUAUAACCCUCCCCAACAAAACCCUAGUUAUAAAGGUGGUCACUGAUUUUAAUUUUGAGAAUAUUAGGAAUGCUUCUGGAACUUAAUUUGAGCUUUGUAUGCUUCUUCUUGAAUAUACAAAAAGUGGAUUACCUCCUUUCUUUUAUUUGUUAAAUCAAUAAGUUUACAUUAAUUUGUCUGCCCAUGCAUGCAUCAUACUCAUUUUCAAGUGGAACCUGCAACAAAAGAUUACAGUGUGGAGUGUUCCUGUUGAAGAUUCUAGCUAGGCAGACAUACUCUUUUCAAAAUAAUUGAUAUUUGAAAUUGUUGACUGUAUGUGGACUUCAGACUAUUAUAGUUCUUCUUCUUCUUCUUCUUCUUCUGUUGUUUGUUGCUGCUAUGUGAAAAGUUUAUUCUUUUUUGCAGAAGACCUCAGAUUCUGGAUAUCACAAGCUUCUCAACUGUCUGAUUCCUGGCAGCCUCAGUCUGUAGAUAUUGAGGUUGCAGGCUAUGCUGUUUUGUCUCAUGCUAAACAACAGAGAUUAUUAGAGGGGAUCCCUAUUAUGAAAUGGUUAAGCCAGCAAAGAAACCACCUGGGAGGCUAUUCUUCUACACAGGUUAGAGAGGCAUCUUUAAAAAAUUCACUGUUGUUGUCUUUUCAUAAUUAAUAUUAGUCUUUUUUGUGGCUCCAGCCAUGUCGUAUCUCCUUUAAACCUUAGACAGGAAACUUCAAAAAGCACUGUUUUGAACUUGUGAUAAAUUAAGUGCUUGGUAAUUGGUUUCUAAAUUGCAAGGAGUUCAUUUGUUUUUGAGGAUGAAAGGAAGAAAUGCUUGAUUCUUCAAGGGAGCCAUUCAGUACCUUCUACAAAAUGCAUGCCAAAGCCACAGCCUGGUUGCUUACAGGCCUAGAGCAUGGUCUGUGGACAAAUGUUGCAGCAAAGUAGGGUUUGAUGUGACCAACACAUGAAUGGAGAAUCCCACCUUGAGUUCUGUGACGAAAGAAAGGUGGGAUAGAAGUGAAGUGAAAUGAAUUCUUUACUGAUGGGUAUUUGCUACUUGGAAAAGCCAUUCAUCAAAUCAUUAAAACCUAAGAAAACACUUAACAGAUUGCUCUUUGAUAAACAGAAGGCUUUCCAAUUGGUCUCUUCCAGAUCUCUCGGGAGUGUUCCAUAAAAAUGAGUGUGAGCAAGUGUGGCAUAGUAGAUAGAAAACUGAAUUUGGAUUGAAUUCAAAACUGAGGUUAGGUCUGAGUGUACACCAUAAUGAUGUUUGACCAAUUACUUUAUCUAGGAUCAUAGAAUUGUAGAGUUGGAAGAGACCACAAGGGUCAUCUAGUCCAGUCCUCUGUAAUGCAGGAAUCUUUUACUCAACCGGGGCUUGAACCUACAACCCUGAGAUUAAGAGUCUCAUGCUCUACCAACUGAACCAUCAAUAUUAGCAACAAACUGGCACAGCCCAUUCCAUGUUCCAUGAUUGUUCAAUGUUAGCAUUCCAAUUCCUGCAUUUAUUUUUAUGCAGCAGUUCUGUUUCUCGUGCUGGGCGUUGCAUCUGCCAGCCUCAUCUCCCAUUGCUUGUGUCCAUGGGUCCUAUGUACUUACAUUGAGCUAUGAAUAGGCUGGAACAGAACUCUGGCUGGCUCUAGCAUUGGUCCAAGCUACAUGUUUGGAGCAGCGGUUCAGAGACUCCUGUGUGUCUCAUCUCAAAGAGCAAAACAAUCUAACUGUUAAGGCAGGCUGGAACUUACUUACUUUAGAGGCAUCUGUAUUAAACAAUAAUUUGUUCUUGCUUCGCUACAGGACACUAUAGUGGCCCUGCAGGCUUUGAGUGCCUGUGCAAUGCUUACUACUGGCAUUGAAACAGAAAUGGAUGUAACAGUCAGUCCAUCUAGCGAAAACGAUCCAGUUGUGUUCAGAAUUAAUAAUGAAAACCGCUUACUUCUCAAGACCAAAGAGGUACUGUAGUAAAGAAGCCCUUCUGUUUUCAGGGUAAUGCAUUCAGUUCAUUGUGCUCUUUUGAACAUGCUAAUACUCACCAUUGUUUUUAGGUUGCAGCUACACAGCCAGUGGGAGUUACAGUUUUUGCAAGCGGCCGUGGCUUGGGACUCUUCCAGGUAUGUGAUGUUGCUUUUGUGGAACUUUCUUUUCAGAAGGCUAUUUGAACUAGAAACUACGAUCAGAGGUGAAUUUAGGGGUGUGCAAUUGGCUCACCCGCACUGGUCGCUGAGCUAACAGGGCGCUACAACAGUGAUUUAGAACAGAAGGCGGGUGGGUGGUGCCAGAUUUUGGCAUUGCACAGGAUACCACUGAAAUUUGAAAGCCCUAAGUCCAUCACUGCUACUUUUUAGGUGGAUUACAUUUUCAUUGUCAAAAGUGGACUCAAUAUUAUGUGAACUAGGCCACUUACUAGAGUCCCUGUGACUUAAUUAACUUGGAUUUUUCCAGUGUGUUUUAUCUGCCCCUUGUACUGGAUUCUCUUAAAGCGCUCUAUCAUUCAAUUAUAACAAUCAUAUGAUAACUAGUAAGGCCGUCCUUAACAUAAAGAAUCUAUGGUUUGGUUUUUAAUUCCUUUGGGCAGAUGACCUUCACCCAAUGGAAUUUUUCCAUCCCUUCCCUCUUAUGAGAGUAUUUGUGUUUGGCUACAUUUAUGUUUGGUAUCUGCCACCAUUUGUAGAUGCUUCCAGAAGAGAUAAUGUUGUUUGUAGUUUGAAGGUGGCAAGAGUUCAGAAUAUAGGUUAGCAUAGAAAUCCAAUACCUUUAUCGCAUAUUUUUGUCUUUAAUUCCCAUAGAAGGUAUUAAACUGAGUGCAUAAAUUACAUGAAUCACUUUCCAUGAUGACUUGAAUUCUGUGCAACAAACAAACUAAUCUGCAGCAGAUAAACAGUAAUCAGCCAUUCAUCAGCUGUAAUUCAACACUGGCGGAAGUUGAAGAGUAAACUAUAUGUUAUUCCUGUAAAAUCUCAGUAAGAGACCAGAGCAUUGUAAAUUGGAAUUAUUCUGGUGUGUGCAUUUUCAUAAAUGCUGUUUCUGAUUACCAUAAAGUUCAAAUGUGUUUGAGAAUAAUUUCAGUUCCAGCAGUGGAGGCCAAGAAUUCUGUCGGUAUCACAGAAGGCAAUUGCUUUCUCAUCCAUCAUAUUUGAAGGUAGUGGAGUUAGCAAGAAUUGUUUCCAACAACAGUCAGACUGCUAAAAGUUAACAACAAAUGCAAAAUAUCACAAGCUUCUUUUUAAAUAAUGAACCUAUCAGACUAAAUUUUAAAUCUAGAAUUAAUCAAACAUAAGCAUUCUGUAAUGGGUUUAAAUUUAUUGCAACAAUAAAUUGACUUCAAGCACUAAGUACAUAAGGGAUGCGGGUGGCUCUGUGGGUUAAAUCACAGAGCCUAGGGCUUGCCGAUCAGAAGGUCGGUGGUUCGAAUCCCUGCAACGGGAUGAGCUCCCGUUGCUCGGUCUCUGCUCCUGCCAACCUAUCAGUUUGAAAGCACUAGCUGUUUGAAAGUGCAAGUAGAUAAAUAGGUACCGCUCCGGCGGGAAGGUAAAUGGCGUUUCCAUGCACUGCUCUGGUUCACCAGAAGCGGCUUAGUCAUGCUGGCCACACGACCUGGAAGCUGUACGCCGGCUCCCUCGGCCAAUAAAGCGAGAUGAGCCGCAACCCCAGAGUCAGCCACGACUGGACUUAAUGGUCAGGGGUCCCUUUACUAAGUACAUAUUUACUUGUUUCCUAACAGUAACAUUGAUCCUAUGCAUAUUUCCCCUUAAGAUUAUUCCACUUGAACGAAUGGAGUUUACACAUAAUUAAGUGUGCAUAGGAUUGUCUUGUUACUUUUUAAGUGGCAUUGGCUAGCAUCACAAGUGGUAGCCUUAUGCUAUUAGUGGGGCUUGACCCUUCCAGGCCUACAUGGCUCAUCCUUACCACUAGGUCAUUAGAGACUCAGGAAGUCUGGUACAGCUUGGCACUAACUUUUCUUUGACGAAGUAGGAGAUUCCUGUAGCUGAGGGGCAGAGCAAGGCAGAUGGCUGGAAAGCCAUUAUUUCCACAACUAUAGCAAAAACAGAUUUAAAGCACGGGUCUUCCGUGAUACAGUUCCAAGACCCUGCACUUUCUCGUCUGUAGUUUGGCAAAGCAAAAGAAAUAAAGACUUCUGGAAUAAUUUCAUCCAAUACAGUUUGGGUUUGCUGGAACCACCUCCUUUCUUUCCUUUUACUUGGCAGGAAUCCUGCCAAACGAAAAAGAACUGUGAUACCCUUCAAAGGGUUAUUUCCCCCCGCCACUUCAGCCCACAAGCUAGAUCUGCUUUUCAUCUGCGAUAUGAAAUCGCAUGUGAUUAUUACCAUCUUUCUUUCUUUUUGCUAUAUUAAUUCCCUUAUCCUAUGAGCCAUUGCUGCAAAGCAGCAGCUCAUAUGUUCUGGCAUACGCAUCCCAACCCUGGUGUGGCAGAACAAUUUGUCCCCUCCUGUUGAAGCUCAGGCCAAGCGCUACCACAGCUGCUCCCAAUGCCACUUCUGUGCCGGUGCCCUUGCAUGGCACAGCUAUUCUGCACAAGGAACUUGUGGAAGGUUGGGUGGGGCUUGGCAGAAGGCUUGACGAUACUCCUCCAGAGGCAUCCUGCAGAUUGCUCUUCACUUCCAGAGCCCUAAAACGUGACACAGCCUAGUUUUCUUCUUUAAAUAACAGCAAAAUGAAUAAUAGGAGGACAUCUUUGUCCUACUCACCACAUGCAGGAAACAUUUCUAUCCUGUUAAAAGGCUCUGGGUUGUAAAAACUCUUUUUUGUACUUAAGACUGCGCAGCUGUGCAGCAGCUAACCAAAGGAGUUGUCUGAUAGCAAAUAAGUUUGAUGAGGAAGCACGAUAGUGGCCAGCCACAUUUGGUAACUGGUGCAGGUCUUCUGUUGGCAGGUCUUCACAAGAUGCUGCUCACCAACGAAAUGCAGAUUGCCAACCAUGUGUAGCUGACUUAUUAAAGGGAUCAAUAAAUUUUUUUGAUGUUGUGCCUGUUUGGAACUGCAAAAACAGUGGGACUGGGUUGGGAGGUACCUGGGAGGCCCCAUUACAAGUUUUCCCCUCCAUUCAGUUCUGUGGAGACCUUCUGAUGAUUGAUUAUUGCAUCUCUCUUUGCAAUUCUAAGGGCUGAUUUUUAGGAGAUCUGUCUAUUCCCCAUCCCCAGACUCCUAAGUAUCUUAUAUCCAUCUGAGUAUUUUUUUCCUUACCAGCUGUCCCAGCAUCUUUAUUGCCUUCUGGUCAGCCUGUUUGAAACUUUAUUUAUCUUGGAUUAAAAAAAAAAAUUGAAAUCAAAGGCAUAGUUGUUAUGCUCUUUGUGUCUACUGUUGAUAAACUUACACAGCAAGCUUUCCUGUUGGCUGGAAAGGAAAGCAUCCUUAAUUAAACUCUUCACUGUGAAAUGGGCUGAUCUAGCUGAAACCUCUGGCAAUGUCAUGCCUGACUUCCAGAAGCCCUUUCCUUUGUUUUGGAUACUAACAUCUAUUCCAUACCUGCAGCAAAGUGAGGAAUCCAAAUUGGUUUUAAUUAAUGUGCCUUGUUGUUUUAGUGAAGAUGGACAUGCUUAUUUGGGGUUGUAUCCAACAAAGCUGUCCAGUUCACGCAAGAACAUCUGCUUGUGCAGCAAAACGUCUCCUUCCUCUUCUCUCCUUUCCUCCAUGUGCCCCCCAAAUUGGUUCUGGGGAUUCCCCCGACCUUCUGCAGCUGACUUGUGCUUUCACAAGCAGAAGUCCUUGAAUUAACAGAACAGCCUUAUUGGAUGCAACUUCAUGAAAUUAGGGUUUUAACUCUGCUUAACCAAAUUAAAUAUAUUUUGGACUUCUUAACACGCUGGACAUUGACAGGGCUCCCUUGAGCUAAUACCCAUCUGGUUUUAUGAGGUUGUUAACACCCAUUUUCACAGGUGUUUGCAUUUGUUGUUUUUAUAUGCAAGUUAGGCUGCAUGCACAGUUACCUGAUACUUAGCCCCAUUAGUCUUACUUUUGAGUAGACACGUGCUGGAUUGUGCUGUUAGUUAACAUUCCAUUUCCUUCCUCAACACUCAAUUUAACAGCCAAAUAAAAUACUUUGGAGAAGAAACUCCUGCUGAAGAUAGCCCUUUAGCAUAUACCUCCAUCCAGACAUCUGUUUGCUAUGAUCAGAGGCUUAAGAAUAAACAUAGGAAAGCAAAGGAUUCCUGGACUGGUAGGAGAUUUUUCCAAAUACUUGACACAUUUCAGAUGGAAUAUUGCAGGGACUGCCGCCAGAUUUUUUUUUAAAAAAAGCUUAAUAAGGCUGCCAGUGACUGGCGUUGAAGAUUUCUCUGUUGCUGUCAGUAGUUGCUGGAGUGCAGUUUGUCCUGCUAUUUCAUUAGUGUGCUAGGAGCUGCUGUGCUUCCUGGAAGGAACCGGAGCCUCUUUGGGGUCAGAAGUUGGUAAGCUUAGUUACACCAAGUGUUACAAACACUGAAUUCCAGCUAUCCGUCAGUGUUCCUGGAUAGUCCCUUUUAGUGUGCUGUUUUGCCACAGCAGCUUCCUAUUUAUUUUGGCAAUUUUUAUUUUAUUUUAACUAAACCAGUAGUGUGGAUCUAGAGAUGAUCCAGGAGUCUAGAAUGUAUUUUGCCCCACAGCCAGAAUAUGACUUUUGCCAAGCAAGACUGCUGGCCUUUCCACACAAUUAAACAAAAGUGUCCCCAGCCAUCCUGAUCCAGCUACAGUUUGCAACGUCCCCCAUCUUUAUAUAAAGAUAUGAGGAACUUUGCUUCAGACUACGCUGCUCUUUCUCCGCCUUCUUAAACCUAGUGGGUUGUGUGCUCCAGCACAGGGGAUAGAGAACACCCAACCUUAAAGAUUAAAAAAAACCAAAAAACCUAAAGUUUACAUGAUGGGGGAGGAGGGCCAAUUUGGGUUUUGCCACUUUAAAGUGUCAGGAUGAGCACGCCAGUGUUCAGGUUAGGCAGCUGGAAACACUCAACAGUCCAAUAACUUCAAACAAAUAAAAACCUUAACUAGGAAGAUCACAAAAUGGUACAGACAUGAAUUCAGUUAUUGAGACGUGAGCAUUAUCCAGUAAAUGCCCAGACACUCACACUUGCAUCCAGUUACAAAAAACAAUGCCUGCACAAUCUGGAGAAACUAUCACAUUUUCCCAGAUACAAAACAUUGUAUAUUUAAGUGCUUGUAAAAUACAUUUGCCCUAGAACAGAAGUGCAAUCUUAAGGGAAGAUGGUUUAUUCCCAGGAAAUGUGUAGCAAAUGUUCGCAUAUUGUACAAAAGGUCUGCAAGACCUGAAUUAGUUUUGCCGUCCUCACAAACCCCAGUGUUGGCAGCUGUGGGUACCAGCCUAGGGGUAAGUCACUUGUGUGUGUGAAUUGUGAAGGGCUGGCUGUACACUGGAUGCAUCUCUGUCUUCUAAACCACUAUACAGAUGUGCCCUACAAAAUGAGUCAGUAAAUGCUCUUUGCGUGUGGUAUGAAAUCUUGCUUAGCAUCCUAUGCAGCAGAGAAGGAAGGAGUUUUUCCAUUCCUGAGUGGAUACUGUAGUCAGGUAAAGCAUAUUCAGUCACUCCUCUGUGAGCCUUUCUUUCUCUGUGGGCUUUUCUUUGUCCAGUACCAAGAAGGAAUGGAAGAUUAAACACGAAGCUUCUUUCAAUUAAAUGUGUCCUUAAGGGGUCAUUCAGUAUAUUGUUUCAGAUGUUCCUGUGCUGCUGGUAAAUUCUUACCCGUUUGCUUCUCUUGGCAAAUACUAAAACAACAGCUUUUGGGUGUUGACAAAUUGCUGAUUUGCUUCCAGCUUGAUUUGACCAAAUUCACAACAUGCCUCCAAUAAGGAGAAAGCAUGUUCAACUUUUUUUAUUAUUUUGGGAUCCUGAUGGGCUUCUUUUGAGGCCUUAGGAGUGGAUGUUUUCAUUCAGAAACAGUGAUGUGUUUUACCUUCCUUGCUUUUUUGGGGGGCGGGGCAGGUCUUUUUAUAUUACAGCAGUUCUGUAUUUAGUUUCCUUAACUCUGAGAGGACAUAAACUAAGGGACUACCUACAUAUUAUAUUCUAAUGUGUGCAGCAGUGCCACAAGUAACAAUUUCAUUUUUUGAAGAGGGAACUAUGCAUUGUUCCAUAGCACCCUUCCCCUCCAAUUUUAUCUCUGUAGGUUUCUAAAUGCUUUUACAAACCUGCAUUUUGAACCUCAUGAGAAGAGGAAACUGAUAGACAUAGAUUAAUUAGGGGCUGUUCCACACUUUGGCUUGUGCCAUGCUUAGAAAGCAUGGGUUCAAGGGGUUUCCCCCUUGCCCAUCUCCUUUCCAAGGGAAAUCUAUCUGUUUAGCAAUAGAUCCGAACAAAUGUCAAUCUGGGGAAAACCCAAAUUGCUGUUUGCUCCGAUUGAAUGCUAAAGAGUGAUUUUGCCUGGGGGAAAGCAGUGGGACAAGAGGAAGUGUGGCUAAGCCCUUGGUCAAGCACCCCACAUUCUCUGGUUGCUUCUCUUGCUUGCCUCCUACCCACAUGAUCACUCUACAUUGGGUAAAACAAAGGAAGAUCGAGUUGCUUUUAUAUAAAGCAGGGAGUAGAGAAAAUGAUCUUGGAAAAGAAACUAAUGGAGAGUAAAUACUUAGAAUCAUAGAGAUGGAAGAGACCACAAGGGCCAUUGAGUCCAACCCCCUGCCAAGCAGGAAACACCAUCAGAGCACUCCUGACAUAUGGUUGUCAAGCCUCUGCUUAAAGACCUCCAAAGAAGGAGACUCCACCACACUCCUUGGCAGCAAAUUCCACUGUCGAACAGCUCUUACUGUCAGGAAGUUCUUCCUAAUGUUUAGGUGGAAUCUUCUUUCUUGUAGUUUGGAUCCAUUGCUCCGUGUCCGCUUCUCUGGAGAAGCAGAAAACAACCUUUCUCCCUCCUCUAUGUGACAUCCUUUUAUAUAUUUGAACAUGGCUAUCAUAUCACCCCUUAACCUCCUCUUCUCCAGGCUAAACAUGCCCAGCUCCCUUAGCCGUUCCUCAUAAGGCAUCGUUUCCAGACCUUUGACCAUUUUGGUUGCCUUCUUCUGGACACGUUCCAGUUUGUCAGUGUCCUUCUUGAACUGUGGUGCCCAGAACAGGACACAGUACUCCAGGUGAGGUCUGACCAGAGCAGAAUACAGUGGCACUAUUACUUCCCUUGAUCUAGAUGCUAUACUCCUAUUGAUGCAGCCCAGAAUUGCAUUGGCUUUUUUAGCUGCCGCGUCACACUGUUGGCUCAUGUCAAGUUUGUGGUCAACCAAGACUCCUAGAUCCUUUUCACAUGUACUGCUCUCAAGCCAGGUGUCACCCAUCUUGUAUUUGUGCCUCUCAUUUUUUUACUUAUCUGUUGUAGUCUCUUGCUAUGGAUGUAAUUGAUAUUUUCCCUUGAAGAGGGUUAAUGGAAUGGAAUACUUUUAUUUGCAGCAUGUGUACUGUGUAUAUGUAUAUGUAUAGUAACAUAUAUUAAGUCUUCAAUAACACUUGAUUCCUAAGGUGACUAGUAUUUACAUUAGUAAAUAACACUUAAGAUUUUACUGUGGAAGGGUUCGUGUUUUGGAAGCAACCUUUAUUUCUGGAUGGUUUCAUGUUUAAUCUGUUUUGCAAUAUAAGAGAGAGAUAAGGAGUUUUUUUUGGGGGGGGUGGGUAGUCCUAUGACCUAUGCUAUAUUAUAAACUUAUUAUUUUAAUGAAUUUCUUCUGAGUUUCAUUCCUGGGAAAUCAGUUCCAACUUUUCUUUAAUACAGUGGUGGAAAGCCAGCCUGUGGGCCUAAUUAGGCCCAACAAACUCUCUAAAUUUGGCAUGUGAAGCCAUUUUGGGCAAACCACACAUACCUGUCAGUUACCGGAAGCUGUAUGUCAUGAGGUGUAGAGAUUUGCUAUCUAUGAUCUAACUGUUAUGAUUCGCAAUAAAGGAUCUCUGAUAUGGCGUCAAGCACCACAGUUGUAAGAUGGUAGAUAAGCCUCUGCCUGCCCUAACUGUCACCCUUGCUCAGUGUCUGGGUGAGCUGAUAGGAAAUUUAGUAACAAAUUAAAAUAAAGAGUCAAGAACCUAUGUUUUUGCAUGCAGAAGUGUUUUUCUGCAAAAGUAUUCUGUCUAAUUAUUAAAUAAAAUGAUAUUUGCAUCACUAGCAUAUUUCCAAGUACAGAAGUACCUUUUCUUUGUUAAUCCACUUUCAAUGGUUGAAACAGCAGCUUGCAAUGCCUUCGGAUUCAAACAAGUUACAUCCCUGUCUGUCCUUAAUGGCAGCAUAAUAUUAAUGGCAGCAUGCUCAUGGGAUUUCAUAAUUUGCUUUCAUUAGCCUGGCAGUUUUGUUUCUCUUAGGUUCUGGAUUGACUCAAAUUAUUCUAUGGUGAAUGUUGAUGCUGAAACUGUAUCACAACUAUAAAGUUUUCAGGAUCUAGAAUCUAGACUGCCCUAUUCUUACCUCUCUUCAAGAGCUCUUUCAUAGUCCUGCAGUUUGACCUCAGAUGUUUGCAUUAGAUCACUUGUAUACACACCAGUAAUUUCACGUUUGAUGUUUCCACUCUUGUAGCUCAAUAUUAUGUACAACGUGAAAAAUCCACAUACCAGUAGGCGGCGGAGAUCUGCACAAAGUCAGGAAGCCUUUGACUUGGAUGUUGUCGUAAAGGAUGACAAAAAAGAUAUAAAUCACUUAACGCUGAACGUUUGCACCAGGUAAGUAUAUAUGUGAAACUACCACUCCUCCCCUUUUAUUUACAGAAUUCUAAUAAUAUUUGGGCAGGGCAUUUUUUUUAAAAACACAUACAUUAAUAGCUCAAGGGAGCAAAGAUUGCAUGUAUAUAAAGCAAAAAUAUCAGGAAUAGCAGAUUUGAACAGAUGAUCAUUUUAACAGAACAGUUCUGAGUAAACAUGCUUUGUAUCAGGUCUCAAGUCUUCACAAAGCCAGUAAAAUUUGUUUCCUUUUUUACAUAGCAAUUCAUUAGUUUGCUUUCCUUCCAUUGAGGUCUGUGCAUUUAAACUAGCUGAUUUUAAAUGGUUGCUCAUCCGUUUUGCUUUGGUUCCACAAGGGCAUCCCCAGCAAUCUUCAUGGAGUCUCCCUACUUAGGUUGCUAGCCAGCAUGCCAAGUCAUUUUUCAGGAUACUCCAUUCCACCCUCCACUCCCCCACGUUUUCUGCUUUUCUUUUUCAACUGAUCUUUAACAUCCUGUGGUUACUGAUCCUAUUCAGAUUUCAUCGACCUCUUUGUGGUUUUAUUCUUUGCCCCCCUUUAGUUUUUUUUUAAUUAAAAAAAAACAUAUUUAUUGUACUUAUUUAAACCUUGGGGUUCCUCCUAGCAUUCUGAUGCAUUCCUCUUGGACUUUAUUUUUCUACAAUAGUUCUGUAGAAAACAAUUAUACCUUGAUGGCAAUGACCAGAGCUCUCUUCCUAUUUGCAGUUACAACACAGAUAUAAUUACAUCCAGUUCCAAUUCAGUUAUUUGUUUUCAAUAGCAGCUACUUUGGCCUGGCGACUCAUCCCACAGAUGGUUUUGUUUCCUUUUAAUCUCACGAGCCAGCCUCAGCCAGCAGUUGUACUGAAUUUCUUUCAAAGCCAUAUCUGUAUUUAAUCAUCCCUGCUGCCAGGCCUGAGAGCAUUGCUUUGAAAAGUGAGUCUUCCUUUCUUGCAAAUUGUCCCCAUAUAAAAAGAAAUACAGUUUUAUUAAAUUACUUUUAACUACUGUCAGGCAUUCAAAAUACAGAUUGGAGACACACUCUUUUUCCAAGAGAACAGUGGUGGUUUACUGUCUCUGCCAAGCAAAAUCCUUCUGCCACCUAUUUGAAGAACUCCCCUCAUGAAAAGGUACUUAAGUGUUACCUCAUAUAAAAUAAAAAGCAUGUUUUCAUAGCCUAGCUGAGAGUUGGCAUUUUUAUGUGACUUGCAGGCAUCUACUAUAUUGUAUCCCAGAGGCUCCAUUACAUAAAUUAGUUAUAUAGGCUGCAAUCCUAUAUCUACAUACCUGGAAAUAAGCUCCAUUGAACUCAGUCAAAUGACUUAUGACAUGUAGUGAAUUGUGUUGUUAUUUAAAUUCCAUACAUUAUUUUAGGUGCUACAGACCAUCAACUAGUUAAGUGUUCUGCAGAUUUACCUAUGCUUGAAUAACAGGUUAAUCAACUAGAAACUUAAUACCACAAAAUGUUGGAAAGCAUCCAGACAAUCAGCAAGCUCUUUAUUUUCCCAUCACAUUUGUGGUGAAUGAAGUGGAACUCAGGUGACAGAAGGGGUCCAUCGGUCAGUAGACUCUGCAGCUACUGCUUGCUUAGACGAGCUAGAUUAGUUUGGUUUUGCAGCAGUCAGUUUUCCUAUAACUUUAUUCUGCUUGAUUCUAACUGCCAAGUGGACACAAUCCAUCAAAAGGUUGUGACUAGGCCCAUUGAAUGCAAAGGAAUGGGACUUACUAACUUUGCCAUGUUUUAUUUUAGUGGGAGUUUGUUGUAUUUUGCUGCACUGCUGUCAGUUCUUGCUGGAAAAAACUGAUUCCCUUCUUGUUCACUCCCAGGGUGUUCUUGUCUCCACAUCAUAUCUUUUACUGGCCUAUGUGCUUCUUAAAACCAUCUUCUUGCCAUUUCCACCUCUCCUCAUUUACAUCCCCGCUUCUUAGGGUGAUUCCAAGGAGCAGCAGACAGCAAAGGAAAUAGUUAUUUCCAAGUUGUGGCUGGGGAGCUAUCUGGAUCAAAUUAAUUAACUGACGAAUGCAUGUCCUUAAUAAUAUUUUCCAAACUGAGAAAGAUGAAUUUUACAUACAAGUGCUUAGCAAUUUUCUUUGUAAAUUAUUGCCAUGCUGUGUUUCCUAAUCGGCACCCCUGGAUUUUAAUUAAGGAUUAGGAUAAUUAGAACAACCAAAAGUGAAAUGCAUUUUUAAAACUUUCCAGUUAGAUUACAUUGGGGAUUUAAUGCCCAAUUCUUGGUCAUAAUUUUGUUGGUUCACCUACCAGAUAAUUGGGGGCUAGUUCACACACUUGUAUGAACUGAAUUCCUCUAUUUAGAUGGUGGAGAUGUGCAAAUAUUUGCUAUACACUGUUGCUACAUUUAUUUUGUGAGUGUGUAUUCAUCCAUUCAUUCUAUGUAAUGGUCGCUAUUCAAACACAAAAUAAUGUCCCAAAGCCACUUAGAGCAUAAAAGAAAUUUAAACCCCAUAUAAAAUAACAAUAAAACACAAUACCUAUACAUAUCCAUCUAAGAACGUUUAUAAAAGAACAAAUCCUACCCACCUCCUUAAAAGAAGAAGGCAGGCUAAAAGUAGAACUCACUGCCCUCCCAAUUAAGAGUCACAGGCAUGGAUAAACAGGAGUGUUUUAGCUUGGUGCCUAAAAGCCAACAAUGAUGGUACCAGGGAGACUUUCCUGGGGAAAGCAUUCCAUAAGUAGGGAGCCACCACUGAGAAGGCUCGUCGCCACCUUCUGCAUCUUCCUUUGAGGAAGCACACAGAAGGGCCUCUUCUGACAAGCAGUGUCUGAGUAGGUUGGGGAGAGGUGGUGCUUGAGAUAUUGGUGUCCUGAAGUCAAAACAAGCACUUUGACUCAAGCCUGAAAGCUAAGAUAGCUAAUGCAAUUGUGCCAGAAUUGGUUUCAGAGGCUCAGAUCAGCAAUCUUGCUGCUGAAUUUUGCAUUAUCUGCAGUUUAAAGGCAGCCUCAUAUAUAACACAUUGUAAUAAUUUGAUCCAGAGCUUUGUCAACAGGGGUUAGGCUAUCCUGGUGCCCCAAGGCCACUUGUGCCCCAAGCCACAGUAAUGGUUCCAGAAAUAUCCCCACGUUGCUUUUUCAGAGAGAGUAUAACCCCAUUCAGAAUAAUGUGUGUGUACAUGUCAUCAACAUAAUCCUUCUCUUUAAAAGGGUGGAAAGACAUUCAAAUCACAUGCAGGUUCUGUCCCAUUGUAGAUAGAUUAUACUUGUAGACAUUGUUGGGGUGCAUGAAAAGUCACAUUCCUCCAUGGGUUCAUACACCAUCCAUGCAAAUGGAGCUGCCUAUUCAGUUAAGUAUAUGAAGUGACCCAUACUUUUACAUGGAGUAUUUACAAUAGAAUGUUUGAGUAAGUUUAUUUCUAUGUAAACUAUUCUGUUCCCUUUUUUGUUUGUUAGGUAUUUGGGUGUUGGCUCAUCUUCAAGGAGUGGCAUGGCCCUCAUAGAGGUUGGAUUACUGAGCGGCUUCUCUCUGUCACCCAGUUUCGUGUCAUUAGAUGAUCCAGUUAAGAAAGUGGAGAAGGCGGAAGGCAAAGUCCAUUUAUAUUUGGACUCCGUAAGUCAAAAUACUGGAUGACUGUUUAAUUAAUUAAUUUUUUUUUACUACCCCCGCCUUUUAAAUUCAGAUAUCACAUUUUUACGAAGUUUAAACAAAAAAAUAAAUUUAACUUUCUGGAACUGAAAAACAGGGCAAUAUUCUCACAGGGCAUGCACUACUUUCUCCACAGUAGGGUUUUGGUUAAAGCUGUAUACUUGGAAUACUAUUUUGUUUUAAAUACAUGUUUGUUGUAUAUGUCCUUUUAGUGUUCAGUGAAGCACCAGUAUUAAGCACAUGAAAUAUGGAAUCAUACGGUGUUCCUAGUGUGCACUCUUUGCACAAGGUGUGGAAGGAGCAGCAAUUAAUGGGGUUGUGUGUCUCUGCCCCCAAAUAUGGGACCUUUUUUCCUGGACUAGCACUAAUGUUUGUAUAUGAGUUCAUAUAUGAGUCUGCUCCAGCAGUCUAAUCUGCCCACUCCUACUGGCAGUUGAAAGAUCCACACUGCCAGGAUGUGUUCAGCUAUACGUGUUGGUUACUGCAAAGUGUUCUGUGUACAAAGAGGAACGCAUUGCACAUUGGGGCAAAAGAACACCUAAUUUCACAUUUACGUUAAUGUGGAUUGAUCUGGAGGUGACUGGUCAGGAAAGAGAUCUAGGCGUCAUGGUGGAUAGUUUGAUAAAAAUGUUGACCUAGUGUGUGGCUGCUUUGAAAAAAAAUGAAUUUCAUGUUAGACGGAUCAUUAGGAAAGGGGCUGGAAAUAAAACUAUAUAUUUUUACUCUUGGAAUUCUGAGUUCAGUUCUGGUUGCUACAUCUUAAAAAGAGUAUUGUAGGGUUGCGGGGCGGGACGGGGGGGUCAGAAAAGUGUAACCAAAAUUAUAAUGAAGCGGGAACAAUUCUGCUAUGAGGAAAGGCUUUUGAGUUCAGAUAUGUAAGAUGGGACAUGAUAGUUGUAUAUACAAUUAUGUGUGUUUUGGAUAAAGUGAAUAGAGAGAAAUGCCUCCCCCACUUCUCAUAAUACUAGAACCUGGGGUCUUCCAAUGAAGCUGAAUGGACAGGCAAGCAGGAAGUGCUUCUAUGCAAACCACAUCUGUAGCCACUGAGGGAACAGGAUGCUGCACUAGAGGAGUCUUCAUUCUGAUCCAGCAGAACCAGUUAAUGUUGCUAUAUUUUAGUAACAAGAAGUUAGGACGUUAAUUCAUCUGGUCAGCUACAUGCCUUUACCCUAGGAGUAUAGAAAAAGUCUUUGAAAGUUUACUUUCUUUUUACUUUUUAGUUAAAUGAAACACAGGUUUGUGUAGACAUUCCAGCUGUGAGAGACUUCAAAGUGGCAAAUACCCAGGAUGCCUCUGUGACUGUGGUGGAUUAUUAUGAACCCAGUAAGUGCCAAUUGUUUUUGACAUAUCUCAUAUUCAGUGCUGAAAUAAGCAGUUGUAGUUAGUUAAAGUGAAGAACUGAUUCCUUUAAGCUAGGAAAGAACCAUAUUAAAUGGAAAAGACCCUACUAUCAAAUACCGGGGGGGGGGGGGGAGGGGGAGGGGGGAAUGAACAAACAAAUUCUUCCAGAAUGUAGUUUGGUGAAUUUCUUACAGGAUAAACACUGUGAGGUGAGGUGGGCGGGAACAAUUGCUCUUGGAUCCUUAGUUAAAUUAUCUUUUAGGAAUUUAAGGGAAGAAAGUUUCCUGUCCCCUCCUACCCCAGCACCUGCUGAAAAUCUUAUUGGGAGGGCCCUCCAAAACAGUGGGGCAUGGGUUGCUGCUGAGAAAAGGAUGAUAAACUUCAUUUCCAUGAACCUCCUUAAGUUAACUUACAUUUACAUCAAGACCAAAUUUGGGCAAUUCCCCCAGGACCACUGUUGUUCGGAAAGUCCUAACCCCACAGAGAAACACUUUGGACAUUUGGAGGGACACACAUGGUUGGGAUGGGGUAGGAAACCUUCCUUCUGUGAACUUCUUUAAGUUAACUUACCUUAGGAUGCACGCCAGUGUUUUGCUUCUGCUUAGUUCUGUAGCCUGAAUUAAUGCCAUAGCAAAAUAUUUUGAACUUCAUUGCAGAACACACAUCCUUUGGGGCCCCUUGGCUUUCUCAAGACAAAGUCAAAUGGAUUCACUUCACAUUGUGGAUUUCAGUGUCUGAUUUCUAUGGAAGUUGUGUAGCUUUUCAGACAUUCUCUUCAGCUUUAUGCAAAUAUAUCUCACCAAAAUGUCUUAAGUAUGAUUUGUAGUGAAUGGUACUCCUCCAAUCUCGCACAACAGGGAGAAGAGCAGUGAGAAGCUACAACUCCGAAGUGAUGCAGAGUUUGUCACCAUGCACCUUCUGUGAAAAGGAUGAAUGUGAUCUUUGUUCAGCGGGUGGCUCUUCAUUAAUUUACCUCUCUUGUGAACUGUUAAUAGUACAUGUAAGCCUGUUGUAUAGUUGGCUGCUCUAAUGUGGGCAUCUUACCCAUGUUGCACUUCUAAGAGUAUUAUUGAUCUCGCCAUCCUACACAAGGGAAAUCAGGAUGGGGAAGUUCCUCACUUCCACUCAUUGGAGGCAGAGACCUGAUAGGAAAAGGGGAUGAGUUCUAAUUUGGAGAACUGAGAUUGGGCCCUGUGACAGCUAUCAGUUUAUUUUAUUUUAUUUUUAAAAACACACUGAUAGGUCUAGAACUCUUGCAGGAACUUGCCAUCUCCAAAUGAUUAUCAGGAAGAGCCAGACUUCUCCCCAGAGAGUCUGUCUGAAAUGAUUAUUCCAGGUCAGAGCCAAAUGUUCUCCUGCACCCAUUAAAGUUCAGGGAUUAACUGCACAUUCCUAUCAAUGUAAACUUAGAAAUAAUUCCCAUUGAGUUCAAUGGGGGUUACUUCUAGGUAAGUUUGUAUAGUAUUGCAGUCCAAACUUCUGUAUCCAGAGACAGAAGGAUCAAAUAUAAGUGCUAAAUUUCUGGAUGUGGCUCAGUAACAUUAAGAACUUAAAACAUGUAAACGUUAAUGUUCAUUUUCUAAAUAAAUAUUUAAAUGAGAUCAGAUUUAUUUGGAGGAAAAAAAAUUAGGAGUAUAUAGUUCUUUAUUUGUACAUUAAAAAUAAGAUGUGUUUUUUUUUAAAAAAAAGUUUUAGAAAAUAUAUAAUUAUCUAAAGCCUUACAUUCCUUUUAGUUCAGCUUUUGCCAACCUGGUGCCCUCUAGAUGUUGUGGAUUACAAUUCCCAUCAGAUCCAGAAGGCACAGGCAUGCUGGCUAGGAGUAGUAGGAGUUGUGGUCCAAAACAUUUGGAAAGCACUGGAUUGACAAAAACCAGUUUAGAUUAUGACACAUUUUAUUCUAACAUUUAAUUUGCAAGUAUUGCUGACUUUAAUGGCACAGCAUCAAGUCCUAGCUACAGAUGCAAGAGCCCUAUUCUCUUUAGCACCUUUUAAAGAGUUGUGUAGAAGGGAGAAUUUCCAGCAGAUAUGGGGCACAACAAGCUAGGCUUGCCGAAAUCCCCUCUUCUACAUAAUACUGAAUAAUGGCACAAACAAAGCAAACUGAGGUGGUUUCCAAACAGCUGGCCGUUGCGUACACUCACGCAGUCACAAAAUGAAAAAUGCUAAAUUUUAUUCAAGACAACUUGUACCAGAAAAAAAGUAUCUGGUUAUUGCUAUUAUUAUUAUUAUUAAAUGCAAGUGUGUUAAAAGCAGGCAUCUUAAAGUUGAAGGCAUCUGUUUUUCUCAGGCACCUCUGUCUGAAAUGUGAUGUUGAGUUUACAGUAGAAAAUAAAUUACUUGCUCUAUUUCUUGCUGGGCAAUAAAACAGGAGCUGAAUUGGCUGCCUCCAAACUUAAGACAGCAUGAAGCAUCAGCUUACCCACACAGUGCCAUGGGGAAGAGGCAUUAGGAACUGUUGAAUUGCAUGGCAGGCUCUUCUGGCCCAUAGGAAUUUGAAUACCUCAGUGGUAGUAAUACUACCAUAGUUUUUAAAGCAACAGUAACAGAACCCCCUGCUGUGGCUGGUCAGAGAAAAACGCCUUGCAAAGCAAGAGAAGAUCCUCAGAAAGGAAGGAAACAUGGUAUAGGCUAAGAUGGAGCCUAGAGUAGGCCUUUUUUCACUCAAGGUCAGGGUGGACAAGAAAAGCCAGAUGAGAGGUUAAAAGUAGCAGUAUUCUUCAUAAUCUGGCUCUUAUCUAAAUUGCAAUCAUUGCAAUUUGCAAAAAGGUAUAGGACAAACUACAACUAGUACAUAGUCCUAGAUGAAUAUCACCAAUAUUCACAAUUUUGCAAAAAUUCAAAUUUUUGCCCAGUUUCCAUAGUGAAAUUAAGUUUGAAAUUUGAAUUUACAUUUUGAAUGUUAAAUCUUACCUCAACACUUAAGUGCUCUAGUCUUGUUGGCAUAUACUGGUUGUUUUGACUUUGGCAGCCAUCAACUAUGAAAGCUGAUAAGUUGUAAACUAUAUAAUACUCAAUACCAUUGCAUGUCGUUUAUAAAAUGUCAAAUAUAUUGUACACCAACUAUCAAAAAUUGUUAGAUAGCAUUUGCCAACAAAAUAACUAGCAUUCAAAUUAUAUUUUGUGACAAAUAAUCCUGUGCAUAUUUACAUGGAAGCAAGUGUCAUUGAGUUCAUGGGGGCAUGUUUCCAGGUAAAUGCAUAGGGCUGCAGCCUUAAAAACCUUUUUAUUUGAGCGAGACAGGUAAGCGCAUGUUUUAUGAAGUGUAAGUCUUUGCUCAUUUGAAAGGGAGAGCUUUAAACAGAUGCUUAACUUUGGCUGAUUGCUAAUUGUUAAUGCUGCCGUUUCGCCUUCAUUUAGAUAACUAAUUCUUAUUCCCUACGCAUGUAUGUUUUGUCCAAACUUUGCAAUGUCUUGAUUAUAUAUUUUUCUACUAUGCAAUGAUGUAUACAUUUUAAGAUUCUUAGUUUGCAGUAUCACUGCAGUUUUCUUUACUGGGAUUUCUAAAAUAUUUUACUGACUUUUCAAGUGAAAAUGCAAAACAACCAUAUGGUGUUAAAUUUCUGGCUGGGCCAUCUUAUAUAGCCUACCUGUCCUUUCCACUGAAUCUAGAAGUCAUUGCAAUUACUUCAUUAAAUGGCAACAUUUUUCUGUUUUGGAUUAGAUGGUUCUCAAUUUACUAAUGGACAGUAGUGGGUGAGGUUUCAAUAAUCCAGCAAAAGCAAUGUUUGUAUUGAAGCAAGGUCACAGAUUUGGGGACAGUUUGUCAAUCUGGCAAAGGCAAUGUAUGCAUGGGAACAAGCUUCUGUGUUUCAUCUUUUGCUACUGUGAGCCCAGCAUUCAGAACUGUGUGUGCGGAUUUUGGAUUCAGAAUUUGGUUCUGCCAAAUAGCCAGGCAGUACUAUCACUGUGUUGAAAAGAAAAAUUAUAUAAAGUUUUCGAAUACAAGGCUACUAUAUUUGUUGAUCACGGGAAAAUCUUUGUAGUAAAAAUCACGGAAUAGCACACUGUACAUGGAAGCUAGAUUUUAAAUAACUGAAGAACUGAGAAUCACUCUCCUUGGUCGCAGAAGCUUUAGCAAACUGCCCAUAGCUUUAGGUCACUCUUAAAGUUAUAAACCCACUUUGUCAUAAAAGCCUGAUGCAAACAUUCAUGGAAAACCAACUAUUGUUUCAAGCAAACCACUUAAGAAAAAAGUUAUGCUCUUGAGGAACAGUCCAGCAUCACCUUUCCAAUGCAAUUUUCAAGACAGUUUAUAACACAGAUUAAAAUAAGAAAUACUCAGAAUAAAAUUGCAAGAUAAAAUACUGGCAAGAGAUCAGAAGACAGUAGAUGGAAAUCAAGAAGUUUAAAAUGACAACAGUUUGGCAGACCAGUUCUUGCAAAAUGGCAAACAUUUUUGGUGGCGCAAGGCCAUUGUGCAGGUCUCCUUCAGAACCAAGUUCCACAGCCCUCAGUGUGGCUACAGGACAACUCACUUCUGCAUCCCAGCUAAGCACUCUUCAUAUGGAAAGAAAGUAGAGUCUCUCCAGUAGAUCUUAAUGAGUGAGCAGGUUCACAUGGGAGGAGACAAUCCUUUAGAUAUCCCGAUCCUAGGUGGAUUAGGGUCUUAAAUCCUAUCUGCUGCUUCACCUGCUACUCAUAUUAGUUGCUCAAAACAGAGUAAGUAACGUGAGAUAUAUGCAAGUGAAUUCUUUGAACUGAACAAGAGACUACAGGCCCAAUUUGCAUCUAAGCACAGAAUAUAAUGAGCAUCCGUCUGGACUAUUGCAGAAAAGCUGUAUCAUGUGGAUGUAUAAAAUAUGUUUAAAAUAAUAUGGAUGCAUAUUAUUGAUGGGGGGGAAUGCACACCAUUGCUGUAAACACAAAAUAUUUUGGUUAUCACUGAUUUCUUUCAAGUGAAAAUUGUGGACAGUUUACAUCAAAUUAAAACAUUAAUUUUUUGC